AUGUCUGAGAAGAAGAGGAAGGGCAGAGGAAGGGGCAGAAAGAACAAAGAAGGGGGGACAGAGGAAAAAGAAGCAGGCCCCACAGAAGGUACUUUCCAUUUUUAGCACAUUUUACUGCAUCUGAACAAGAGAGCUUCUGAGCUAAUGCAAAUGUACCAAGAUACGGUUUCUGUCUCCUUCAGAAAUACAUUCCUGAACUAUUUAAAAAUAGCAACAAAAAACUAAUCUCAGCAGGAAUCAAGGCAGGGUGGUUUCUGGAAAUAUCCAUGGUCACGACUCAUAAAGUGCUGAUGUGCUGAUUAGAACGUUUCAUGCAAAUAGGCUUUUUCUUGUGUAACAUCCAGAAAUUCCCUGGUGUAGCAGCCAAAGAAAAAGAGAGUGUUUUUGAGAGACAGAAGCAGUAACAGACCAAACAUGACCCAAGUAACUACUGUUGUCAAUGCAAUUGUUUUCACAAAUGAUGUGCUUACUAUAGUUCUAAAUGCUUUGGUGUAAUCAUUAUAACUCCAGAUUGUUCUGAUCUGGUAAUUUACUGGUGUUGGCUAUCAGCUGCUGACUGUCAAUUAGUGGGCUAAAACGGCCAGAGGCUUGUGCGUUCACUGAACGUUUUCAGUGAAGCAGAGAGAACAGUUGUGCAGUUUUAAUGCUUCCUUUUUUGCCACAAAAAAACAGAGCAACAGGUUGUAUGGUUCAACAAUGCCAGUUUAUUUAGAAGGAAAAUUUAAAUUAGUAAAGAUGCAGCAACAAGCCUCUCUCCAUCUCUCGCCGCACACUUGAGUGAUGAUUUCUUGAAGCAAUGAAGCAUCUGUCUGCUAAUCGAUCAAUCUAAUCAUCUGUCUACACACACAGAAAACAACAAUAUUAUAUUGGAAUGGUGAAAUAGUUUAUUAAUCUCCAUUGUUGCUAUAUUUUUAACUUUCCAUUCUUACAAAUAGUUGCAUUUGCAAGCACACAUGGUCCUCCCUAUUGUAUCACAACAUUUCUGUGGUAGGCUUGGCUGAGAAAGAGUAACUGUCCCGGGAUUACUGAGUAGGCUUCAUGACUGAGCUGGGGCUAUGAAGCACUCAUGCUCCUUGGGGGUCUCAAAUUUCAACAGCACCUUGUGCGAUGAGCCCCCUUUUUUCUAGAAGUAAAGUACUGGUUGUGGCACCCCCUGUGUCCCCCACCCCAGGCUCCAGGCUCAGUGUGACUAAACUGGUUGAGCUCCCCAAAUCCGCCUCUGUAUGAAGUUGGAUCUUCCUCGUUUUGAGUUCAGGAUUGUAUCUGCCACACCACACUGCCUCUAUAUUUUAUAUUUCUAAGCUCUCAUCAGGUCAUGUCUUAGUGAGCCCCUGUAUGAGCCCUUUUGCUGUAACUCCCAGUGCAUAGAUGCCUUUAGACGGUUGCUCACAUCCACAUUCCUGCUCUUGUUUCACUGAGGCUGGAGACAUGUAAGGGCAGUAAUAGUAGCCAAAUGGCAUGUGCUAUAGGAGAAUAAUAGACACACCAUAGCAGCUGUGAGUGUGAAAUAUGUGAAACCUCCCUCCAGUUCUCAAGCCUCCCACCCCCACAUGGUGUUCAUAAAACAUCAAACUUCCAGAGCACUAGAUUUUGCGUCAUGCACUUCAGAAUUCUGGGAGUGAGAAUAUUAUGAAUAAUCUAAAUGCCCUUUAGCAAAGGGAGGUGGUUUUUAUUUUUAAAAAAGAGGAUCAGCAGCUGUGCUAAUGCUUAAAGUGGAGGCAGAGAGCAGACAUUUAUCAGCUGCAGAGGUGACUGGAUUAGAUGAAGGGCAGGUUGGCAUUCUUUGUCUCCAAAGGAGCUGUGCCUUCCUUGUUCUCUGCAGGCAUGAAGUGCGGGAUUAGAAGGAACAGACAACGAAACAUCUAACUCUGAGUAAACUAGAUAUUUUAAAGGUGGGGAGCGCCUUCUUCUUCUUCUUCUUUUAAGGAGAACAACCUUGUUUUGCUUUUUUAGAAUUCUCAGUCCCCUGGAGUGUGCUGUUGUUUGAUGAAGGUCCCUUUGCAUGUGGAUCAUUUGGUAAAAAACAGAUUAUCUGCAUUUAUUUCUCUCUCCCCAGCAUGAAAAUAUUUCUUUUCCUUGCCAAAGAGUGAACACCUGGAGGAGAGGAGUUUGAAGGAUGCAUAUACAGGAGUGCAAUAGGCACAAAACGCCAAGCACCCCUGAUCAGAUAUUCACAGAAUAUUGCCACGUCUAGCCCCCAACUAAAGCCACUCCAACCAUGAUCAAUGAUCUAUAGUCCACUAUGGACACUGAAACUCCCCCCUCACAGGCCUUGCUUGCAGGCAGCCCCCUAAAGAAAGCUGCUGAUUAGCUGGUCACAUGCCAGGCCAUGUCGCCUGCAUCUCUGCUUAGGCCAUGCCGACCUACUCAUGUCAGUCACAACAUCCAGCUCAUAAAUAGGACUGUUUUUUCAUUUACUUUCAACUUCACCAUUUUAUGAUUUUAUGAUUCUAUGAACAUUCAAAGAGGCCACAAGGCGCUUCUUCUGAGAGCCGCAUGCCAGUGGAGGGUAGCGCUUGUGGGGAAAGUGGGUGGGGCCAGUUGGAAAAGUGGGUGGAGCAAUUGCAUUUGACACACAUUUCUCUAUUCCCAUUGAUCCCCUGCUGGUGAGGCUCGCUGACCUCCCGGAAAAGCAAAAAAAUGACCUUUUCCUGUUAGGCAAAGAUCAUAAGACGACCUGGAUGAUUGCCAGAUUCUAUGUACAGAUCUGUAGGCACAGACCACCCUGCAACCCAAACUAGUUCAUUAAGAAAAUCCCCAAACUGGGUGACUCUGGGUCAUCUCUCUGUGGUAGCUUAUCUUAAAGUUUUAAGUGACUAUAUGCUUAUCGCAUUUAUAAAUUUUAAAUUUAUUGUUGUACAUUGUUUUAAAUGUUUGCUUUCCUUCUGGGAUUGUACCCCCAAGUGUGUUUUAUAAGCUGGUCUCCGACUGUAAUAAAUUUAUCUAUCUAUCUAGCCUAUAUCUGGGCAUUUUAAGCUUGUGCCAAUCAAGGGCACAUUCCAGCCAGGCAAAAGCACUCCAGCAGGAUGUGAAACAGGGCCAGUGGCCUGGCGAGAAGGUGUGGGGGUGCUGAGCAGAGCCCUGAGGAUCGGGUAGAAUCACUGCAGCAAUUUUACAUUUAUUUAAGUUUAAAAAUAAUGGUCACUACCCUUAUUUUUUCACUUCAUUUGCUUCUAAUCUCAGUGAUUAAACACACACCCAAACACCAACCAUAUGUAUGUAUCUAUGUAUAUGUAUGUUAUCUAUCUAUCUGGUAACUUAGGAUAGCACUUCUGAUGAAAUAUACUCCAGGCCCAGACCCUCCCAAGUCUCCCUAUUUUCCAGGGACAUCCUUGAUUAAGAGAAGCCAUCUCAGUUUCUGAUAUCGUCCCAGAAUGUCCUACUUUUCCUUAGGAUAUCCCUAUUUUCAUUGAAGAAAUGUUGGAAGGUAUAGAGUUAUCCAACCUCCGAGCCGUCUGAAGGCUAUUCUGUGUAGGGAAGGCCUUUUUUGUUUUUUAAAAAAUAUUUAUUAAAGGUUUCAGAAUUACACGAAAAAAAGAAAAAAUUAAAAACAACACUACAAUACAUAAAAAGGAAGAAAGAAAAAAGCAAAACACAAAAACCAAUGCAACAAUACAGCAAAAAGAUACAAAAAGAAAAGAGAAAAAAAAACACAAAUCCAAUAUUACAUAUCUUUAACUUCCAUUUGCUUGUUUCAUUGACCUCCUCACACCUCCCUUUUUGUAUUCUAAUUUAAUUAGUUAUUUCAGCAAAUUCUUUCCAUCUUUCUCAAUUUUCAUUAAAUAAUUUAUCUUAACAAUUUAACCUAUUAAUUAACUCAACAAAUCCUUUCCAUCUUUUCCCCAUGUUCUGUUAUUCAAAUUGCUUUAGUUUAUUUAACCUUAUCUUACCGUAACAUACUUUAGAGCUUAAAGCUUAAUACUCGAUUAUACAUAACUCCUGGUAUCAUUUCUACUAGAGUCAUAUAGUUUCAUUCCAACAUUUCCCCUAAUAUUCAUUAAUUUUAGGCCAAUUCCCUAGGGAAAAAAAAUUUUCUUUAUAAAUUUUGUUCCAGUCUUCAUCCAACGUCUCUUCUUCCUGGUCUCGGGUCGUGCCAGUCCUUACUGUCCUUUCCAUCUAGUCCAUCAACCUGGUAAUCGUAUGUCCGAGGCCCUUAAGUCUCUUCCAUGUCCCUUCUGCAGAUCUUCUUCUUCUUGUUUAUACUUGCCCUUUUCCUUGUCUUUUGUUGGUCUCUUUCUUAAUUUCUUUCCUUUCUCACUGAGGAGUAGGUCUCUGGGGGAUUCCAACCCAAAAUUACCUCCAUCUCCCUUCAUCAAACCCGCCCAUUCCCCACAGUCCCACUCCCCACAGUCAUCAAUGUAAUCCAUAAAGUAUUUAAAAGCAUAUUUCAAGGUCUCUCCAAAGUUAAGAACCUCCUCAGCUCCAGACUCCCCCUGGCUCCCUCCAACUUCAAUCUUCAAUGACAGCGGUUUAUGCUCCUGUAGGGCCUCGGGUCUCUCCAUUUGUGUUAUUUGAGGUGCAACCGCAUCCUUUUCCAUUAUCUUCUGCACUUGCCCAGUCAGUACUGGUUCAUGAGUUGGUCCCUGAAUAGUUUCUGUAUCAAUAUUCCCUGUUUGUCCACAGUUAUUAACCACAACAGUCAUCAAGUCCAUUUUCUCAUUCAUCAAAUCCAUCUUCUCAUGCAUCUGUUCCAACAAGGCACUUGUCUUGCGUAAAGCAAGCACCCAAACUUCCUCCCAGCUCAUAUUUAGUCAAGGUCAAAAAAGACUGGUCCCACGAUCUUAAUCUCACAGCUGUUGAGUCCUCAAGUAGACUGCAGCAACAAUUUAACAAGCUCCCUCUAGAGGAGACAAUUUCUAUUUGUAUCCAUUUUUCUUAAGGCAAGUCCAGCAAAGGAAAAUUACUAUCAUUUUUCAGAUAUUUUGUUUCUUUAGAAUGCAAAAGGCAACAUUGGAAUCAAUUUAUUUCUCUUCUUUAGCUAUCUGUCAAAGUAUUCCAUUCACAGUCAAUGAACCUCUCCAACUAUUUCUGUCUCUGACACCCCGUUCCCAGGUUAGAGACGGUGGAAACUUAUCUUUCUUCACUCCCUCUCCUGCAGGGGUUAAACAAAGUCCCCCCUCUUUCUCCUACUUCCAAGGGGGUUUCAGUAGUUAUAAAUGAAGGAAAUUUAGACUUUUUUAACGACUUUCCAGGCUUUAGCUUACAAGGUUUUUGCUUUAGUCUAUAUACAAAAAGUGGAAGGCGGACUUCCUGUUUUGAACCUUCCCGCUUCGAUGCCAAAUUAAGAUAUUUCUUGAUCCUAUUUUCCGUUUCUACUCACGGGUACUUGUUUUAAAUCCAAUUGUCCACAGGAAAAAGUCAGCGCUUUCCGGCAAUGGCUGUGCGGCUUCACUCCGUGAAAGUAGCAAUCAGUUAGCAGCACCGCGCCGCUCACCCCACUUCGCUCCGGCGCCCCAAAAUGGGGUUCCCGGUGAGUAGGGGGGGCGCUCCUGGUGCCCUGCCGAACCCCACGUUCCCAGGCUUCCUCCGCCUGGGAUUUCUAGCGGGUCCCUGCCUUCGCCAGGGAAGACCCAGUUUUCACGGAGCUAGUUCCUCCGGUUGGAGGAACUCCGCCAUUCGCCGAUGGCGCUAACCCGGAAGGCCUUUUUUAAUGUUUAAUGUUUUAUUAUGUUUUUAUAUAUGCUGGAAGCUGCCCAGAGUGGCAUAAAUAGUAAAAUUAUCAUUAUAGAAUGGGACGUCCCUAUUUUCACCAGAGAAAUGUAUGCAGUCCAGGAAAACUUGCCCCAUAAAUGUGUUCGUCUUUAAGGCACCACAAGGUUCGUUAAUUGUUUUUGUUUGCAGAAGAUCUCUCUGAUCCUUUUCAGGGAGAAUAUCAUUCAGCUCUGGCCUUUGCGUUAUGUUGCUAGAUUAACCAAUGUGGUUUAUACAGGUAACAUGUUUAGUUCCCAUCUUUUAUUCUGUCACUUGGAGCAGGGCCUGCUUUCCUUUCUGGCUGACAGGCACUUGUGUUCUCUUCCUUGAGCAAAGCAGGCUUUUGAUCUUUUUAUGCCUGAAACAAAACUUAAAAAUUACAUCCUCCUGCUCUGCAGCUUCCUUUUUUUUUUUUUUAAGUGGCGCAUACAUUGUUUCAUCAUCAUGUUAUUUCAUGGGAAUGCUGGUGUAGCCUAAUAACUGCUGGCUUUAAUUUGAAUGCUAGAUGUUUAGUGCCUAGGAGCAAAGGUGUUCCAUAGCUAUUGACAGACCUUUCCUCCAUUGAUUCCACCAACCCUUUUUGGUCCGUAAGAAAAAUAUACUCCCAAAUGCCUCUUGCUUUCAAGUUUGCCAGAACUUUUCAUGUGCCUCAUUUUGGAACAUUUUGGUUGCCCCUAAUAAAGGUGUUUCCCAACCCUUCCAACGCUACAAUUCUAUUAUUCUAACUGGGGAUUCUGGAGUUUUGGUCAUUUUAGUACUUCUUUGUAUUGUUUUCCAGCUCUAUUAUACCCUUUUUGAGAGCAAAACUGUACAUAGUGUUAUGAGUAUGGGAGUGGGGAGUAGGCAGAGACCCCUCUGAACCCUGGAUCCAACAAUAGUUAAAAGCUCACCAAGCCUUCUAAUUCUGGGAACUAGCCAUACUAGCUUCCUGGUGAGGGGAUGAGGGAUUAAGGGGCCUGGUGUGAGACGGCAAUUGGGUUGUGUCCCCUCCCUCAAGUGCCUCAAGUGAAAAAAGCAGAGUUGAGUUUGGCUAGUGAUGUGACCUAGAUGUAAAGCAGCAAGUUGGAGAAAGAGAGUCAGAGAAACAUCUGAGAGUAAUGUUUGCCUUCGGCUUGAAUCCAAGGCUGUGGCUGUGGAAGAAAAAAAAUUCGGGGGUUUUAAUGCUGCGAACCCCUCCAUCACAGGCUCAGGUUGUAGAUACAUGUAAAUAAACCAUGUAGCAUACAGACACCACAGCAUCCGCUGUGCCACAGACUCUGAGUAAAUGCCUGGAACCCCUGGAAUCUCACACCGCUCAGAGAUUGGGCAACAAUAUUUCCCCAUGUGAUUAUAUAGUGGCAUUGUGACAAUGGCUGCAUCGUUUUCAAACAACUUCCUAAAUCUGAACUAUUUUCACUGCCACAGAACACUGAGUUUGUAAGUGAGCUUUCCACGAUGACUGCAAGAUCUCUUUUCUAAAUAGUCACCACCAAACUAGUCCCCAAGCAUGUCCACCUCUAAACCUCAUCCAGAGUACUCUAGUAAAACAGAACCAAAAGCAAAGAACAUUGCCUGGUGUUGUUAGCAAUAUCUUAUUUACCCUCAUCCAGACAGAUUUUUCAUCUUUACUGGUGUGAAUUUAACAUUUGUAGGAAUGUGUAUGUUAAAUCCACAGCCUGUGGGAAUGUAAGAAUACUGCCUUGUUUAAACAAGACUGUGGGUGGUGAUCUAUCUUAUGUGGUGUUAUGUGGCGUUUCCGUGUGCUCUGGCUUCCAUCACGGUGUCCCGUUGUGCCAGAAGCGGUUUAGUCCUGCUGGCCACAUGACCCGGAAAGCAGUCUAUUGACAAACGCCGGCUUCCUCGCCUGAAGCCAGAUGAGCGCCGCACCCCAUAGUCAAGUUUGACUGGAGUUCACCGCCCAGGGGUCCUUUACCUAUUUACCUUCAAAUAUUUUCCAGGGAAACCAUCAUGCUUGGGGAAGUUGAAGGCACUGAUGCAUUUUUUGUACAAGCAAAAAAUGGGUGUCUGCCUGUGCGCACACAGGCAAAUUAGAAAUGAAUAAAUCAGUAUCUGAAGGGUGCAACUACUAAGGAAAUGAGCCAACCGUCUAGAGAGACAAGAGCUGAUAAUAAUCACUCAAAUACUUUUGAAGGAAGGAAAUAGUGAAAUGUGUUAGAAGUGGCAUUUCUUAAUCUAAGCAAAUUGCCUGUACUUAGAGUGCUCUAGCUCCCAUAUUGUUGAGAUCAUUGUAUUUUUGUUUAAAUAGAUCUUUUGCAUUUUGUGUCAUGAAAUGGUGAGGUUUAUUUUAAUGGACAAUGCUUGUAAAUUACAGUCCUCCCAGAUUCUAACAAAACGCCAGACUGGUGGGCCAUAAUGCUCAAUGUGCUUUCAAUGCUACCAUUUUUGUUUUUUUAAAAAAGCAAGAGAAAAUAUCUGCAAGAGUGCCUCCUCCCCUCCCUUGCCAGUCAGGAUGUUAUGAUCUGCAGGAAAGGCUCCUGUUAUUGUGCCAACUGCCUUGGAGGUGCUGUGAGGUGCCCAGGAGAGAACCUCUGUCGUGCUCCUCCUCAGCGGGAGAACUCCCUUCCUGUGGUGCCACAUCUUUACAGCUUCAGGCAGUUACUGAAGACACGCCUCUUUUCCUGGGCCUUGGGCAGUUAAACCAUUGCUGCCAGGGCCUCCCUAUGGCUUUGUUGAUAUGAGUUGUAUUUUGGAGUGGGGCUUUUGGUUUUAUCUAUUUGUAUCUAUUUGUAUUGUAUUUUCUUUUUCUAUGGCUUAUGAAGGACAGGUAACAAAUAUAACUACAGUGGUACCUCGGAUUACAGACACUUCAGGUUAUAUACACUUCAGGUUACAGACUCCGCUAACCCAGAAAUAUUACCUCGGGUUAAGAACUUUGCUUCAGGAUGAGAACAGAAAUUGUGCUCUGGCGGCGCGGCGGCAGCAGGAGGCCCCAUUAGCUAAAGUGGUGCUUCAGGUUAAGAACAGUUUCCGGUUAAGAACUGACCUCUGGAAGUACUUAACCUGAGGUACCACUGUAAUAAUACUAAUAAUAACAACAGCAGCGACAAUAAUAGCAGUAGUAGUAGUGUGUGUGUGUGUGUGUGUGUGAGAGAGAGAGAGAGAGAGAGAGAGAGAGGGAGAGGCUAAAGGUGCAACUGAAAAGGUUGGGCACAGCUGUUUUAGGAUGAGUGGACAUUGCUACCUUUGCUCACAUCCACCCUUUGCUGUUAAAAUUACCAUCACCAUCAUUUUUACUCCACCUUUUUCUCCAGGGAGCUGAAAGUGGUGUACAUGGUUCUCCCCAUCUCAAUUAAUCCUAACAACCCUGCGAGGUAGAUUAGGCUUACGCUUGCAUCUCCUUUUCCUUUCUACCCUUCUCAUAAUUUAGAUUGUAAGUUCCUUGGUGAAAGAACUAGCAACCGGUGUAGAUCUUUGAGCCCGGGUUUUAUAUGCUAGCCAGGCCUCGCUCCGGCCAGCAAUCAGGCUGCAGCAUUCUGCACUAACUGCAGCUUCCGGAUCAAGUGCAAGGGAAGCCUCAGAUAGAGCGCCUUGCAGUAUCCAGUCUUGAAGGAAUGGCCCAACAGUUGAACCAUGCCCUUUCCCAGGAUACUCUAUUUGUCUCCGGGAGACCUUUUUCUAAGUUUUCAUUGAGCUGUUUCUCCUCCCCAUCUUCCACCCUUUAGAGUGUUGUCUGGCCCUCUUUGGAAAAAGUUUGGACGCCACUGUUUUAGAGUGUAAUAAUGAAGAGCCCAUAGUGGAUAAAGUCUGUGGGAGCAGGCCAGGUUUAAAAAGCUGUCCGGGGCUGAAGCUCACUGUAACACCAAGGGAAGGCAGUCUGUGUUUUAUCUACUGCAUUUCACCAGAGUCUGAAGUACAGUAAUCCCAGUCUAGGCUUCAUACACAGUUUUGGAGUUUUGUGGACUAGUGCCUGAGGCAGUUGGAUUUCUGGCGGGCUUUUCUCAUGCCUAAUGUGAAUUAGAGUUUGUUCUGAAUAAAAUGGUUUAGGCAUCCUUUGUGUAAACAAAAGAACACAUCUUACACAUACCUUGCUCACCAUCUUGAGCAAGACACUCAGCUUAACCUUCCCUGCAAGGUUGUUUAAAAGAAUGAAUAAUAUGGAUUCAUUCUAGUGUGAUCCCUGAAAGUGUGAGAAACUACAGGAGACUUGUAAAGGCUCUUGUGGUUGUGUGCCUAAUGUCUGGUGGGGCCUUUGUGGGUCAAAGGAGACUAGCGCCUGUUGGAGAACCAUUCUAGAUGUGGCCUCGGGGCAGUUGCAUUUGUUGUGUCCACAUGUCUGCUCUGUUCCUGUAUAAAUCAAGGGGGUAGGGGGGUUUCUAAUGAAAACAAACAAAAGGGGCAUACAGGUGAUGGGGAUACCAGGAGAAUGGAGCAGAAAUGUGAAUAAGCAAACAUGUCCACAUCUAUCAUGCCUAGAUCCAUCCUGAUUUUCUGGUUGUUGCUCAAAUGACUCUUCGCCCCCCCACCCCCAUUUGUUUCUUUAAUUUCACAGCAUUUAUUUACAUAGAACUUCAGAAUGCCCAGAUUGCUUCAUAUUCAUUUCCUUGUUGCAUCCAUUUCAACUGCUGUGGAAAGUAGGUCGGAAUUAUUAUUUCCAUAAUGCAGAUAGAAGAGGCAGGAUGAGGCAGAAUUGGCUGCCUUAGGACUCACUUCACAGCAGAGGCAUGAUUCAGACCAGGGACUUCACUUUCUUUCUUAGCUACUGUGCAACUUAGCUCUCUAGAAUCUUGAAUUUGACUUAAGUGAGACUGGAAUGACAAUGCCAGAUUAGGCUUGAAGAUUCCUCAGGGUACUGAUGACAGGAUUCAGAAGGUUAAAGGAGCUUUAAGAUGAUCUACACUUUUGUUGAUCUUCUGAUACCUGCAUUAUGGAUUUCUUUUGCCUGCAGGCGGAAUAUGAGGAAUGUAGCUACAUUUUGCUGUGAUGCGGAAAUGAUAUUUUACUGUCAAGUUUUUACGAUUCUGUACAUGUGCCUGGACUAGAGUUUCCCUGACAAGCAAAUUUAAUCUCUAAAAUAAAAUUUCAGGUUGCUUCUUAGUAGAAAUUCUGCAUCAGAUACCAAUCAUGGAUUCAGAACAAUAUGGGGAACCUGCUCAAGAUCCAGGAGUAGUCAUUUGGGCUAAAAACUAUUACAUUAAAAGUAUGGUAAAAAAUAAUAACAUAGACCAGGCUUCCUCAAACUUGGCACUCCAGAUGUUUUUGGCCUACAACUCCCAUGAUCCCUAGCCAGCUGAACCAGUGGUCAGGGAUGAUGGGAAUUGUAGUCUCAAAACAUCUGGAGGGCCGAGUAUGAGGAAGCCUGAGCUAGGAUGUGUAGUGCCUGUUCCUUCUCUUGUGUUUGGGAGCUUCAGUGACCUUUCUCACUGCUUUCAUGUAGGGGCUGGGGAAGGAGCUGGCAGGUGAAGGUGUAUAUGGCUGGAGCGUACCAAAGGAUCAAGACUCUUUUCGGUUCAUUGGAGAGAUGCUUAAGCAUCCCUGUUCAAAAUCCACUGGCCAUUGUGUAGCAACCUUUUUUAUUUUGGGAGAAGCACUGGAAGAAUGUGUGAAGUCUUUUAUGUCCCCUUGUUAUUUUCCCAAGAGGGAUAGGGAGCUUUGUCAUUGGUAGAGAUCUUUCCUUACAUAGCUUUCACACAAGUUUCUAGUCCUGGGCAUCCAUAUGCAGGCUGACGGAGUUUGGAAACAAAUAGUUACAGAAGAUGUUACGGCGCUGGUGAACAGUUGGUUUGGCUUUGCUGCAACCAGAUCAGUAGCAGCUAGUGGUAGGGGCAUGUUUCAACCUGAUCACCUUCAAAAGUUGUUAGAUAAUUUAUUAGAUAAUUUUUCAUAUUCUUUGGUUUGUUUUUGACGUUUGUUUUGUUAUGUUAUUGCUCACGGCUUUGGGCUUCCUUUUGGAAAAGCAGUGAACAAACAUGAAAUGAAAAGCUCUUAGUUCCUCUUUUUUUACAUAAUAGGGAAACUAACCUAAAAAGGAAAGCAUGGGUUGGGAUAAAGCAGAUGGAUGCUGUUCAGAAGAAAUGAGUCAGCCAUGGUAUGCUUUGCCUCGGGCCCUGAGAAACAAAGGCAGGUCCGGAAUAGGAGCAUGUUGAGAACGUGGGUGCAACUGUUUGGAUAGAAAUGAGAAAUAGGAUCAGUCAGGUUUUUUUAAAAAAGCGUUUCCUAACUGACAUAGCAAUCUUAUACAGUAAGCCUGCAACUUACGCAACUUACGUGUGCACUGAGCUUUAUGCAUGUGGCAGAGAAUAAAUAAAUCAAAGGGAGUGGGACAUCCAGGAAUAAUGGCUUUGGCAAUCCUCCCUGCCAUUGAACCCAAUGGGUUUUGACUUGACACAAUUUUGCCUUUAGGCACGAUCCCUGGAAUGUAAACCCUGUGUAAGCGGCAGGCUUUGUGUACUACCAUCGCAACAGGGCCAGAGGUAAACCCCUGUGACGUCACUGGAACGGUCACCAUAUCCAAAGUGUGCCAAGUUCAGGAAAUGGAAAAUAGGAGAGUGGAAAAUUCUUGUCUGAUGAUGUUUUCAUAUAUAAUGGUUACUUUAAAGUUGCAAUGUUUUGGCUUUUGGAGUGGUAGGGUUCAGAGACAAAGGAUAUUGGGGGGGGCUGUAGCGGAGGAUAAAUGUUGGGUGCUUCAAGACUGUUGCCAUUUGGGGGUGGGACGCAAAUCACAUACUGGCAAAUUCAGCUUCUGCAAUCAAAGUUGAUUUGGAGCUCUUGAACAGGCAACCCAAUUCUCCACAAAAUUUGGCUUUUUAAAAUAAGAAAAGUGACACGGAAAUGUACUAGAAAGUACUUGAUGCAACAUCAUAAAUCAUCUAUGCAAACAAACAAAUUAGAGUGAAUAUGCAAUAAGCAGGUUAUCUGGAAGCAACUUUCAUUCAUUUUAAAGGACUUCUUUCCCUCACUUUCUCCUCUAGCUCCCUCUGCUGAUUCUUGUUUACAAUACUUUUCCUUCCUUCAGUUUCAUGCCAUUGCCACGUUUCCAGGCAGCAUAGUCAGGUUUUGCUGGGAGUUUUCUCUUAAGGUAAGAACAUAAACAUAAGAGCAUAAGUAGUGCCUGCUGGAUCAAGGCAAUGGCCCACCUAGUCCAGCAUCCUGUUCUCACAGUGGCCAACUAGAGGAUUGUGGGAAACCAGCAAGCAGCACAUGAGCAAAAGAGCCCUCUCCCUUCCUGGCCUUAUAUCAGAGCCCCUUGCCCCUUGGUGCCAUGGCCAUUUCCAUGACUAGCAAUGCUAGCUGCUGCCCAGCCAUCUCCAGAUGACCCCUCACAUGGCCCGGGGCUCAAAAUGGGAUUCCAAGAUUGUAAGAUGAUGCUUUGGAAUUGCUAGCCUAGCAGGUAUACUAAGCAAAAGCAGUUUAGUUUAUUCAAAGACCUAAUGAGGAGAAUGGAAAUGUCUGCCAGUAGUCAUCAAGUGCUUCCCUUAGGAAAUGAAAAAAAUGGGUCUCGUGGUUUCCUUGGCAUCUGCCAGCAGAGAUCAGAGUGAGCCGGUGCUGUUUUCCAAGGCACUUGAGUUAGGAGCUGUGAGAAACUCUGGGCAUCUUCACACAAAAUGGAAUAUAAGCUGCCUAAAGCACGAAGCAUAUUAGACUCCAUAUUACGUUUUGUAUUUUAUGGGAAUUCAGAGUCCAUAAUUACCUGCUAAUGGGUUCCAGCAGGAUUGGGAUAUGUCUGGGUAAGUUUAAUAUCUAGCUAUUCUCCCCUAUGAACUUAGAUUGGAUGUUUUGGCACAUAUGUUAAUGGGAAUGGAAGGAGGUGGCAUUCAUCCCACACAUGAUGUACUCACUUCCUUCACUCAGACAAAUAGAGAAGGUCGGUAUCCAUUCCUCCACCAUUACCCGACAGUCUUAUCUGCAGAAACACUAGUUUCUGGACCCAAAUGAUACUGAUUAAGUUAGACCCAGUGUGAAGGAAACCCUGUUCCAAAAAUUUCCAAGUAAAGGUUUAUUGGCCCUCUAGCUUAAAUCUACACAGCAAUCUAGCUCAAUAUAUUAUUAUUAUUAUUAUUAUUAUUAUUAUUAUUAUUAUUAUUUCCUUUGUGUUCUAGAUGAAAAGGUAUAAGCCAAAAUGUGAACUCCCCUAAACAGCAUGUGUGUGUCUGUGUAAAAUCCCACCUUUUUCACUUCACUACAGGUUUACAAGUUUUGUGAAAUUUCUCUUGGCACAUAUGUCUGCUUUAGAAGCUCUGUUCCUAAAUCUAUUUAAUUCAUAGGGCAAUUAUCCUUAUUCUCUCUUCCUAUAUCAGCCAGGACUUUUGCUGGCUGCCCUAUGAGCAGAGACUUGCAGGCUGCUAGCACUCUGCUCAGCUGCAGAAAAUUCUGUGCUGAAUUCUCCUCACUGUCCUUAUGUAGCCUCUCUACCAAUCUUCCCCGUAAACCAGUGAGUCAGCUCUUUUGGGCAGGCUAUGCAGUCAUACCUUGGAUCCCAAACACCUUGGUACUUGGACGUUUUGGCUCCUGAAUGCCACAAACCCGGAAGUGAGUGUUCCGGUUUGCGAACGUCCUUUGAAACCCGAAUGUCCGACGGGACCUCCCUAUUUAUUUAUUUUUGACUGGGUACAUAUGUGUGUUUGCCCCUCUUAAUUUUAAAAGUUUUCAAUUUAUUGUGUAAUUAGAAGCAUUGUGGUCUUGUGGUUGAAAUGCGUGUGAUAUAUGAACAAACUUAGAAGCUUUAGAAAACUUAGUUCUGGUUUAUGGUAGUGGAUUUGGAGUUGUAGAUGCUCAGAACUGUUGUUAUGAGGCAUAAUAAUAAUUUCUUUUCUAUAAGCCUUUUCUGCUAGGCUUUUUGAGUGCCUUCAAGCAAGAAAUACCUGGGUUUCCAUUUCAAUGUGUGUUAUAGAUUCAAAUAAAGGAUAUAUCUCAUUGUAUCAAAUAGCAUGUGACUAGUAAUUUGUGAGAAAUUAUAAAGGCUAUUUACAUAAACCUUCCGCUCAGUUUGAUAAUAAUCGUGUCCUUACUUACUUGGGAGUGAGCACCAUUUAGCUGAAGGGGAGUUGCUGCUGAUCCAAGAGGCAUGGGAUCAGGCUGCCUGGGUUGGCUCUGGACAUUGAAAAGAGGACGCAUGCGUGACUUGUGCUUCCUCUUUCCACAGUUCCACAUAAUGUCUAAAGUGGUGCCUCGUGCUUCUUCCCCAAUAGGCCAUCAGGUGAGAUUCAUUUUUUUCUGUUAUUUUAUGGCAUUGUCUAGGAAUGACUUUCAAUCCAUCUAUUACUAAUAUAGCACAAUGCUUUACAUUGUGACAUUUUAAAGUCUCUUUCCUGCCCUGAGCAGUUUCCAAUCUAAAUUUCAGCAAGAAGGGAGGCAGCUGAGGGAGGGGUAGCCAGCAGAGGGAAGAGGGAGGCAAGGAGAUCAAGAGGCUGCGCCUACAACCAUGCACUUACACAUAUUUAGGCUUUAUUUCUUUAUUUUGAACAUUUAUAAACUAGCCAUAAUUUUAAAAAAUGGAUUUGAGGGUAGUAUACAAAGAAUUUUUUUUAAGAUGCCAGAGUUCUGGCUUCUAAACCAUUUUCAAGGACAGCCUCAAGCAUUUUAUUAUUAGUUCAACCUGGAGGUUACCAGAGCAUGAAUAAUGGAGAUCAGCCUAUCUCUAUUUGGGGGAAAAACUGCAGCUGAUCCGACUGCACCUUGAUCCAACUCUGGUCUCAAUGACAUGGGGUUCCGUGGAGUUGGUAAAAGGUACCCCAUGUCAUUGAGACCACUUGUAUCUGAAGUGGCAGAGUUGGAUCAAGGAGCAUCCCUAAGCUGUGUACCUGCUCCAUUCAGAACAGUCAAUACACCAACUAUCUUACUGUGGAACCACAAACUCACAGUGCAUUCAUCUCAUCAGGACUCAGCUUCAGUUUACUAACCCUUUCUCAAUGCAUUCCUGACUCCAGACAGCAGCUUAUAGCUUAGCACUUUCACAGCAAUGCUGAUGAUAAGAAAAAAUAGAGCUGGGUGUUAUAGGAGUGUGUAUUGGUCUCACAUUUUGCUGAGUACUUGUGCAUUUUAUUUUAUUUUUUAAAAAUCUUAUCUGUUUAUGAAUUGCUUUGUUCUUUUUCCACCUUGUUCUUUGUUCUGGGUUCUGAGCCGCUCUCUAUAAAAUGAAGCUCUCUGUUGCUCUUUCACUAUAACAGGGAAUUUUAAAAACAACUAUUACUUUCCACACUUUUGACCAAAGUGGGUUAAAUUUACAGGCCCAGAGGUCUAUAUACCAUUUUCAUUUUCUGCCAGAAUUAUUUUCAGAAUGACAGGCAUUGUGAUUCUCCUGCAAUGUCAGACUUUACCAUUUUGGGGUAGGAACAAACAAUAGGAAUUGCAGGGGGUGGGGAAAAGAGCAGGGAUCCCAUGGAAAGACUGGAAUUGGGAAAAGGUCACACACAUCCAUCAAUGACCUUGCUACCCCAAAGACUAGGUGGUGGCCUCUUCACUGAUUUCGGGAUAUAUUGUGUGAGAGAUCUUUAAAUAUUGACUUGCAUAGGGAAGGGAUGGUGCAAAAAUCCCAAGGAAACAAUGGGAUGGGGGAAAAUGUUACUCUGUUACCCAAGUGUAGUUGGUGGGGUGGACAGGCUUCCGCCCCCCAUGUUUUUUAUGGAGAUACAAGUACCCCUCAGCCAGGACCUUGUUACAGAGUGGGCUUCUGCCCCUCUCCCCACAGAUUCUUGGGGAUACAAAGAGGAGCUCUCUAUUAACACACACAGGACCACAUGACAAAAAGACAUAGGCUUUAAUACUUUCUCCAGAUCACUGUGAUUGGAGUGCAUUGGGAAAUAAUUCCCUAUGAUUAAAAUCUAGACCUGUCUGUCUCCACUACUUUUGUCUCAGCCUCUGGUCAUUCCCCCAAUCAGUUUGGUUUUCUUAGGAAAAAGCAACUUCUGUGUGUGUGUGUGUGUGUGUGUGUGAGAGAGAGAGAGAGAGAGAGAGAGAGAGAGAGAGAGGGUGCGUGUGUGAGAGCAGAAGCCAUAGAAGUACUUGGAAGCGGAGGAACUUGCCAAUAUUCACCCCCCCAAGGUUUCCUUCAUUUUGUAAGGGGGGACAUAGUGGAUUUAAAGACCCAACUAAGCUUCAUACUUGGUUGGUAUGAAAAAUGGACUUGCUUACUGCACAAAUCCACUGGAGAAAAGUAGUUCUGAAAAUCAUUCUUCUAAACACAUUCUUCAAAGUGUAUGUGCAGCUGUCUGCAGGAGUGUUGUCCCAGUCAUCACUUUGGAUGUGACACAGAAGUGUAGAAGGAGGAUGAAUCACACAUGCAUCAUUUUUAGCACUUCCAGAUAAUGUGCAAAGCAGUUUGCAGAAGGGACAUUGUAGAAUAUUCAAACCUUGUUUUUCUUAAUUAUGUACAAGGUAGAAAAUAUAUAAACACUGGGAGAACAUUCCUCUCUCUCUCUCUCUCUGCAUGUCCGUGUGCGCAUGUGUGUGUGUCCAUGGAAGGAGCUGAAGGCAGCUUAUUUCCUUUUCUAUCCUGGUGUUUUUACACAAGUAUCUCCCCUCCCAUUGACACUACAAUUGCCCAUAUUAUGUAAGGAAUACCCAUAUUAUGGGAUGCCAGGGUUCAGUUCUGAUUUGAGCCAUUAAGCUGGGUCUCUCACACUCCGUGUAACCUAUCUCAUGAGGGUAAAGGAGUGAGAAUAUGCAUCCUUGAGCGCUUUGGAGAAAAAAGUGGUAUACUGAUGUAAAGUAACAAGUAAGUAAAUAAUAAACUCAGAUUGAGGUCUUUUGCAGCAGCCUUCAUAUGAAAAAUUUAGUUAGAAACUUCGUAACCAAGGACCAAUAACUCAUUCCUAUCAGUUUAGAUGGAAUGGUGAUUUAGGUUUGAGAGCUCUUCUCUUUCCUUCUUUCUUUCAAUAUGUACAUUUAUAUGUAACUGUAUACAAUGAGUAUUGCUACUAUUACUGAUAAAUGUAAUCUACAUAUAAAAAAGGUAAAGGUAAAGGACCCCUGACAAUAUACUAAUAUCCAAUUUAUAUGUAUGUACAGUGGUACCUCAGUUUAAGAACAGUCCUGUUUACAAACGAUUCAGUUUACGAACUCCUUAAAACCAGAAGUAGUGUCCUGGUUUGCGAACUUUACCUCGGUGUAAGAAUGGAAUCUGAAUGGUGGAAGGGCACCGGCGGAGGGAGGCCUCAUUAGGGAAAGCGCACCUCAGUUCAAGAACGGUUUCGGUUUAAGAAUGGAAUUCCGGAACAGAUUAAGUUCGUAAACUGAGGUACCACUGUACAGGAGUAAUGAAGUGACUGGCUAAUGUGCAUAACAACCAUCCAUUGUGCAUUUUUUUGUGCCUCAUGGAGAAUGUACACAUAAUCUGUCCAUGAAGAGGGAAUUGUGCAGCCUUCCCGGUCAAUAUACAUAACUCUCCAACAAGCCUUGGGGAAAAUGCAUAUCUGUACAUCAUUUUACACAUUCACGAUACAUAAUCUCCAACAGGACAGGGGAAAUCUGCUUAUCUCAACAGGAUUGUGUGCAUUCUCCAGGCAUUAUUAGGAUCUUUAGGUUAGCUGGAACAGGAAACUUGAAUGGCAACUCAUUGUUGCAACAUAUUUAACUGAGAUGACUCUAUAUAUGGGAACUGGGACUGGAAUCCUAUACAUACCCUACCUGGGGUACUGUGCCAGUUCUGGGCACCACAAUUUAAGAAGGAUAUUGACAAGCAGGAAUGUGUGCAGAUGAGACCAAGAUGACCAAGGGUCUGAAAACCAAGCCUUGUGAGGGAUGUUUGAGGGAGCUGGGGAUGUUUAGCCUAGAGAAGAGGAGACUGAGAGAAGAUAGGACAGCCAUCUUCAGAUAGCUAAAGGGCUGUCACAUGGAAGAUGGAACAAGCUUGUUUUCUCCUGGUUCAGAGGCUAGGACCUGAACCAAUGGAUUCAAGGUACAAGAAAAGAGAUUCUGAAUAAACAGCAGGAAUAACUUUCUGACAGAGCUUUUAGACAGUAGAACAGACUCCCUCAGGAAGUGGUGGAUUCUCCUUCCGUGGAGGUUUUCAAGCAGAGGUUGCAUGGGCAUCUGUCAUGUAUGUUCUAGUUGAGAUUCCUGCAUUUCAGGGGGGUUCAGGGUCACUUCCAAUUCUACAAUUCUAUGAUUCUGUUGAUUCUGUGAUUCUGUACCUUAGAGAAAGUCUACUGAACUCGGUGUUACUUACUUCUAAGUAGACAUAGGAUUGCACAGUAAAUGGACUGUCUAGGAAACAGGUCAAAACGGUGGGAAGUUUACUGAAAUGUCAGGUUAGUUUGCUGUAGACCAGCUCAAAAAUAUUUGUUCAUUUGACAGCUUUACCAUCUGUCACAUAGUUACUUUCAAAGAAAUAAUUAAUGUUGGGGGUUUUUUGGUGGGAGGAGGACUUUUUAGUCAUUGGUGGUUUGGUACUUUUGCCACUUACAAAAACAAUUAGGUAACUUAUUUUGAAAGUAUGAACUCAACUUUCAAAUUGUAAUAAAUUUACAUGUAAAUUAUUCCCUGAACAAGCUUUUAACCUGGAAUAUUAGGGUCAACCAAGAAUUGCACACUUUUUAAAAAGGGGGAUGACAUUCAAUGCGCUGCCCAUCCACGACUCCCAAGCCCACCCCGAGCCGUUGGCAUUCCUCCCUUACCCCUUCAUUUUGACAGCUUGGGGAAGGCUUGGGAGUCGUGGGAGGGCAGUGUGCCAAAUGACUUCCGUGGGUGGCUCGCUUCGCCCCCAGCUAUAGAGCACGUUCACCGCUCCGGGCACCCAAGCGCCAUGCCCCCCUCAGGAGCACGUCCACCCUGGGCAGCACCCGCCCUGGGCAGUGUGGCAUAUGCUCCGCCGCUGUCUAUUGCCCCUGUGAAUCCAGCCUCCCAAGGUGGUCGCCUCACCUUGCCUCAUGGGUUGGUCAGUUGAAAUUCAAUGUUGCUCUGUUACAGAUGUUCUGUCUGCACAAGCAUUUCCGUUUGCCAGGUGGAACAAUUCCCCUUGGUUGCUGUUCUGCAGGUUCUCCCAAUGUCCCCAGGCUGGGGGGGGGCAUGCAGGGGGGAAGCCCUGUUGCGCAGAGCCUUGUGCAGGACUUCUGCUGAUGGGGCUCCUUGGGUGAAUCCUGCCCAAUGGGUCUACUCUGAGCAGCAAGGUGGAUACAACUCUGGUUUGGUUUUAGUUUCAGAAGAAGGCAACAAUUAAGAGGAAGGCAACACCAUAGUCAUUUAUAGCACUAUUCACAUUUAAUGAAUUGUGUAGGGUUAAAGGAAAAGUUAUCAUCAUUUUUGACUAGGGCACCCAGUGAAAUUUACUGGCAGAUGAGAGGAAGCACAUCUUCACACAGUGCCUAAUUAAUUUACAACACUCACUCCACAAGCUCGGGUGGUUGUUUCUAGGCUUAUCAGUGGUUCUAAGUGAGGAUAGCUGAGGAGAGACCUCAACUCUCUCUGCAUAUCAAAAUGAAUGUGUAUAGAUACAUGGAAGCAGCUUCUUUUGUUGUUCAUUAUGAAAGCAAAUGCAAAUCACCUGAUCAUGCCUCUUCCUUGGACCGCAUACCCUUUUUUGUCCUGAAAAAGAAAGUGCAUCUUCUUGAGAACUCUGCAUUCUUUCUGCUGGGCUGCUAUCCCUUGGGUAUUGUACAUUAUUUUUUGAGCUUUGCGGACGUGCUCAGGGCUGUUGCUAAAAUAUCUGUGUUUGUAUUGAUUAUUUGGUAGGCUUCUGAAUCUGCGCUGCUCAAACAGGAACUUACAUAAGAUUUCGUACUCCCCAGGAUAGUUGUUUUCAGACAGACUGAGCUGGCUUUUGCCUGCACUGAGCUUUUGGUUUUCACAGAUUCUUCUUCAGGACAUUGAACAAACCAAAAAAUAAAUAAAAACAAUAAUACCUAAAACAUAUAUUUUUUAAAAAAGCAUGGUGGUGGACCCUGCCUGAAGUUUGCUGCUGCUGAUAAAUAUAAGAUGAUUUCCAUCCUUGAUACAGUUCAAUGUGUUGUAGCAAAAAUAUGUUUAAUUUAAUUCCUAUAUUUAUAUAUGUUUUUAUACUAAAACAGUCCCUAAGUCGUUUAUAAAAUUAACAAAGAUUAUAAAGCAUUCAGAAAAAUGCAUACAUUAGUGAAAAUAACAAAAAUGUAUUAGGGAGAAUUGCUUGGAAAGCUUGCAUGUUUGGCAAGAAUGGAUAAAAUGUGUGUAUUAAGGAGAAAUUCACACUGAAAUGCUGAUGAGAACUUUUAAAGAUAAAUAAAUUGAAAAUUGAUGUGGAAUUGUGGAGAACUGAAUUUAAGAUUGGAAGAAUGAUUAACAGAGAAACCAAAAUUGUCAGAUUCAUCCAUCCCUACCACUGAGAGAUACACAAUACACAGAAAUUAUGUCUUACAUCUACACAAAUCAUACUGUGCCUACCCUUCUCUAAUAUCACUAAUUCCAUACCCCCCUGUACCUCAUACACAUCCGUAAACUCUCCAUCUAUUUAAUCACUCCAAUAUUCAUUCUCUCUCCAAUAUCUUGUGCUCUGUCACCAAACCACUAUCUAUCACCAACCAGUUCUUCCACUCCACUCUAAAAUAUGCUGCAAAACACCAGGAGACAGUGGAGCAAUUCACUUACAGAACCAUAUAAAGUAUCAAAACAAAUUUCUCCCCGUCCAUCACACAGAUGUACUAUAUGCACCCUGGUGCUCCUUCCUCUCCUCCAGGAGAGCCCUCAGGCAUCUCAAUAGUUUAGCAAACAGCUAAACUAUGGGAUAAAUGGUGGCCACAGACUUGGGGGGCUUUAAAAGAGAAGUGGACAAAUUCUUGGAGGAAUUUGCCUCUGAAUGUCAGUUGCUGGGAAGCACAUGAGGGAUGAGAACCGUUGUGCUCCAGUCCUGCUUUCAAGUUCCCCAUGGAGGCCUCUGCUUGGCUCCUGUGAGAACAGGAUGUGGACUAGAUGGGCCUGAUCCAGCAGCCUCUUCUUAUGCUCUUAUCCUUUUUAAAAACCCAUUCUCAAGAUAUCCUCCCAGGAGUUCUGCAGUCUAAGGUAUAUUGACAUUUCUACCAUUUUUAUCUACGGUACAUUUUGGAACUUUUUACUACUUCCAGUAUGUAUUUUUAUCUUUUUGAAAUUAUUUUGUAGUGAUUUUUAACUAUCUUAGGGAGGGCGAGACAAGCAAGGCACAAUGCGAAUUCUAAGAAUCUGACACUGUGAUUGCCACUCCGAAAAUAUUUUGGUGUACGGUGGCCUGUAAGUCUGGUAAUAUCUUGAAGCUUAAAUACUGAAUUUGGCAAGACAUAGGGGAGAGAGGGAUGCGGGUGGCGCUGUGGGUAAAACCUCAGCGCCUAGGACUUGCUGAUCAUAUGGUCGGUGGUUCGAAUCCCCGUGACAGGGUGAGCUCCCGUCGUUCGGUCCCAGCUCCUGCCCACCUAGCAGUUCGAAAGCACUCGUAAGUGCAAGUAGAUAAAUAGGUACCGCUUUAUAGCGGGAAGGUAAACGGCGUUUCCGUGUGCUGCGCUGGUGCUGGCUCACCAGCUGCAGCUUCGUCACGCUGGCCACGUGACCCGGAAGUGUCUGCGGACAGCGCCAGCUCACGGCCUCUAGAGCGAGAUGAGCACGCAACCCUAGAGUCGGACACGACUGGCCCCUUACGGGCAGGGGUACCUUUAGGGGAGAGAGAAUGCAUGAACAAAAUUUCCCUCAUUUGGUCUCACUGUUGCUGCUCCUUCUAAAAAAAAAAAGCAGGCUAAGCAAUAUGUUUUGUAAGAAUAUAUCUUAGGCAAUGCAGAAUAAAUAAAAGGAAGGUCAUGCUAAGAUAACUGACAUCAAUAGCAUGAUUAUUGACUUUUGACAUGCUCUUUGGCAUUAAGACAAAUGAGGUCUCCAUAAUUUCAAAAGAAAUUUUAUUAGUGAAGUUUUAUUAGCGAAGAGUAAUUAUCAGGAAGCUUGCUAUAAGCCUCCUUUCAUUAUGUGGCAGUGGCAGGUUGGUUGAGGAACAUUUGAAUUUGUGCAUCCUUUCCUGGUGCAUAGUUAGCUAAAUUGCUACAAAAGCAUCCAGUAAAGGUCAUAGGCACAGCCGCCGCCACUGAUACCUGAUGGUCUGGACUGUUUAUCUGGUGAUGUUGUAAAGAGGCAUCUAAUUACCUAAUUGCUGGAUUUCUGCACUCUUGCGACCCAGAGCCCUCCUUGUUUAUCCUCUUUCGCAGGCAGACUUUCCUUUUGGGGUCCUUUCUGCUAUUGUUCAGUAUGGAACACUGUCAUUUGGAAAAGCCGAAUGACCUUCUCAAUUCCCAGUUACUUUCUCUACGGAGAUGUGCUUUAGCAUUUUCCCACUUGGCAGCAGCAAAGCUACUAUAUGGUACGUUCCCAGAAUGAAUAGGCAGGCACAUGAGCAUCAAAAAACCCCCUGCAGUGAUUGUAGCUGAACUGAGAGGAAGAGAGUCCUCCUCCCCAUCUCUCCCCUUCCUGUAGCCAAAUGCUGCCAUUCAGAUCUGCACAGGCUGUGCAGUCAACAGCAUGUCUGCCAACAGCAGCAGAGGUAAGAGGGAGAACGCAGCGCAGGAGAUUGUGGCAGCAGCAACGCCAGAAUGAGGGCAGGAAUCCUUCUCGGAGAAAGCCCUGCCUGAGUUGAUGCUGCUUCCCAGUUGGAUGUGAUGUGCAUUUGUGUCUUUUGCGCAUUUGGGGAGGAAUGAGUGCUGUCAUCCAUGCUUAAGGAGAGUGGGGAGGUACCGGAAUGAAAAUGUGCAGCAGGAGUCAGGGAUGGGAAGUGCUGUAGAGCCUGAAACUCAAGCAUCUUUUUAUGCCAAAUGCAAAAAGUAUGAAAUUCAGCUGUACGUCUGUGCUUUGACAUUUGGGGUGGGGAGACCCUCCCACUGUUAAUGAUGACUUGUAGUUCGAUAAAGGAUCAGCUGCUCAUGAAAUGAAGCCUUUAAUAAAUCCAAAGACUUAGUGGUCAAGAGCAAGACUUCUCUUGUUGGUUUCUAACACCAUAUGUGGCUGGAGAGAUCCAGUGGCGAUCUUAAUAGGGCUGCUUUUUCUCUCUCUUUGCAGCUGUCCGUCCAAAGCUCAAGAAAUUGAAGAGCUUGAAUGUGGAAGUGGGAGCAAAAGUUUCUAUGAAAUGUGAGGCAAGUGCUGGAAAUCCCCAGCCAUCCUACAAAUGGUUCAAAGAUGGCAGAGAACUGAAGAAGAGCAAAGAUAUCCGCAUAAAAUAUGGGAAUGGAAAGUAAGUACAUAACUGCUUCUUUUCACCCUAAAAAAUGAAAAAGAUUUAAUGUGUUGUUCAUAUAAAUGUCAUCUUACACCUCCAUUAUUUAGAAAAAAAACCUGGGUUAGCUAGAUGAUUUCUAAAUAGUAGUGAUCAGGCUGAAGUCUGUUACUUUGUUGAAAGAAAUGCAUUCAUAACAUGCUCAGACAUGCUUGUUCUUAUUAAUGUCAGUGUUUUAGGGCUCAGAUUCAGCAUUUGUAGCAUUCUAGAGCUCAGAGAAAGAAGUUUAUCCAAGCUGAACCUGUUGCUACGUAUUGAGAAAUACCAGUCUUCCUAUAGUUUGCUACAUUAUGGAAGUUCUAGAGCAAGAAAGGUCAACUAAGGAAAUAUUUUUAAUCACAUCCCUUAGAAGUGGUGAUUAAGCUGCAAGGAAGAUGGCAUAAAUUGUUCAUUAGAACAAAACUGAACUGUAAGUCUGACAUUUGCUCCUGGUGUUUAACAAUAGCCUUCUCAAAGCAUGGUAAAGCCAUCUGAUAUUGGCAAAACUUUGUGUGGUGUGUCAGUUUGGGGACAAAAAUAGGGAAGAGGAGCCAGCUCCAUACAUACAAAUACAUCUUCCUUGAUAUUGUUUUUGAUGUGUCUGGCCCUUGACUAAUUAUAGAAUCAGAACAGUAGAGUUUGAAGGGACCCUGAUGGUCACUGGGUUCAACUCCCUGCAAAGCAGGAAUCUCAACGAAAGCAUCCAUGGCAGAUGACCAUCCAACCUCUGCUUAAAAACCUCCAGGAAGGAGAGUCAACUGCCUCCCAAGGGAGACCAUUCCACUGUUGAGCAGUUCUUAAUGUCAGAAAGUUUUUUCUAUAAAAGAAGAAAAAAGGGGGGGGGAUUUUCCCAGAUGUUUAGUCAGAAUCUCCUUUCUUGUAACUUGAAGCCAUUGGUUCGAGUCCUGUCCUCCAGAGCAGGAGAAAACAAGCUUGCUCCAUCUUCCAUGUGAAAUAUUUUAAGAUGGCUAUCAUGUCUCCUCUCAGUCUCCUCUUUUCCAGACCCUUGAUCAUCUUGGUUGCCCUCCUCUGCAUACAUUGGAGCUUGUCAAUAUUCUUCUUAAAUUGUGGUGCCCAGAACUGAACACAGUACUCCAGGUGUGGCCUGACCAUGGGCGUAGCCAGGAUUUUUGUUGGGGGAGAGGCCUUUUGUUCAGGGGUGGGGCAGAACCUCAGUUUGCUAUGUAUUCUUAUUGAUUGGGGGGCAGCCGUCCCUCCCUGCCCCCCUUUGGCUACGCCCAUGGGUCUGACCAAGGCAGAAUAGAGUAGUACUGUUACAUCCCUUGAUCUGGACACUAUACUUCUGUUGAUGUAGCCUAGAAUAGCAUUAACUUUUUUUGCUGCUGCAUCACACUGUUGACUCAUGUUAACCUUGUGGUCCACCAAGACUCCUAGACGUUUUUCACAUGUACUGCUAGUAAGCCAGGUGUUCCCCAUCUUAUAAUGUGCAUCUGGUUCUUCCUGCCUAAGUGCAGAACCUUACAUUUGUCCCUAUUGAAAUUCAUUUUGUUAGCUUGCACCCAAUUUUCCAUCCUGUUAAAGUCAUUUUGAAUCUCAAUUCAGUCUUGGUGCUCUUUAUACCUAUAUUCCCCACAAACAUGGGCCACAUGUCAUCAGGAAUAUUAUUUCCUGACAAUAUCACAGUAUAUCUAGUCAUCACUCUGUUACUUGAUACACAUUCACAGUUACUUCUGCUUUUAGGAGCACAUGCUGUGGGCACUUGCAUGAUGACUCCACAGUAAGCUAACAUUUUCAUGGCUGACUUAGAUCAUAGCUGUCAACUUACAGAUUUGAAAAUAAGGGACCAGCAGCCUUGAAAAUAAGGGAUCAGCAGCCAAAAUAAGGGACCUGCAGCCUCACCUGUUCCAGGCACUCCAGUCUUCCUGUCCUCCUGCAGUCUGGUCAAACUCAUGCUGGUAGCUUCGAGAACACUGUCCAACCAACUUUGUAACCAGAGGUUCAACUGAAUAGAAUCUGAAUCACAUGCACCACAAGGCCUAUGCAGCCUCAACUUAAGAUGGCUCCCCGGCCUGGCUUUGCACUGCAAAGUUUGCAGCAGCAUGUGCAACAAAAUGGCGUCCAGCAUUCAAAACCCCCCUCAGUUUGCAUUAACUAGCCACACACACACAGCCUCCCCCCCUCGCCAUGAGAUCGCCAGUCACCCACCAUUUUAGUCAACCAGCUCAUUUCUUUCCCCCCAUAAGAUAAUCCAAGGAGCCUCCAAAAGCCCCCCUCCCACGAGAUCUGCUUUCCUUUCCCCCCACCAUGUGCCCCUUUUCGCCGGCAAGGGUGAGUGGGCCGUCGAUGACAUAUCCAUCCGAUUCCGAUCCGAGUACUCAGCACAGGUAUGUUCAACUUCUGAGCCCCUCUGAGCCAAAGGCAGAAAGCCCAGCCAGCAGCCAAACGAAGCCUCAAGGAAAACCACCGUCACCUCUCCACUGGGAAGCGCUGAGCAAAGGCGAGUCCCCAGGGAACACAGCCGAUUUGAUCAGCACAAGGCAUGCAAGCUCCACCCCCCAGUCGUUCUUAGACUUCUUAUUGGGUGAGCAACACAGCCAAGCAACACAGUUGGAGCCUCCCUUCUCCCUGGCCGGCAGGGAGGGAGGGAGAGGAGCUGCUUCCUUUGAAAUUUAAGGGACAUCAUUUAAGGGACAUUCAUCAAUAAGGGACAGCAGCGGGACAUGGCGCUGGAAUAAGGGACUGUGCCUUCAAAUAAGGGACGCUUGACAGCUAUGCGUAGAACAAUGGGUUCUCAACUCCUGUCCUCAAAAAGCUUCUGCUUGAGUUACACUGACAAUAUCUUUAAUACAUGGACCCAUGAAUGGGAAGCACUUGAGAAGUUCCAUCAGGAGUUCAGCUACUUUUAGCCUGACUGAGCCUAAAAUACUGCGCACUGCCUUUUGGGCAGUGCUGUUCAAUGGAUAUGUGUGCACCACCUUAUGUCUGAAACCUAUUGCCCACUAGACAUAUAUUUCUUUCUUCUGGCUUCUACCCAAAGCAUACCACAAAAUCCUUAGUCUACAGCCAAGCCCUAAAAUACAGUCAAAUCUGUUAUGACUUGUCAAAGGGAGACUCACAACCUAUGGAUUUACACCAGGCAUUUCUUAGACCCAGCAAAUGAAGUGCGGAAGCAGGAUUGAUGGCCCAGCAAUGACCUACUACUGGAAAGAAGAGAAAGUUACAAAACACCACUUUCACCUAUAGCUCCCAGCUGAAGUAUCAUUAGUGACCUACAGCCUGUUCUAGAAAGUGGUGCUUCGUUCUCACAGACUUUCAGUGACAGGCCUGAUCUUUCCUACAGCCACCUCCCACAACCUCCAGCAACAACAGGCUUCAUAAUGGAGACACGAAAGGUCCUCCUGCAGGAAAACCAGAGACCAUCAUUUCCACCCAAGCACACUAUUACAAGACCUAAUCAUGUCAGCCUCGAGAUUCAUUCAUCUGCUCAUCUUCACCUGUCUUUCUGCAUUCUGCAUAGGACAAACUCGUUAAGCAUAAAAUAAUAAAUAAACACAGAUUUCACAUAAAAAGCGGCAAUACUCAGAAACAAAAAAGGAAAACAUUUCAACCUAUCAGGACACUCUGGAACUGGCCUUAAGGCUGUGAUUCUUGAACAAAGGAACUUCAAAGGAAAGCUAGAGUAUUAAAGCUUAUCAAGAAAUUCAGUUCUAUUAUCUGUGUCCUUAAUAGGGAUCACACCACAGGGGCUAAUUAGCUGACCAAGGCUACUCCAAAGAUACUUUUGCUAAUAUCACACUGUGAAUGGUCAUUGUCAUUAUUUUUACAUUUACACUUUUGCAUUUCGUUUCACUUUGAUCUCAUGGCUAACUCUCUCUCUCUCUCUCUCUCUCUCUCUCUCUCUCUCCCCACCCAGCAUUCCAUACAUCCAAUAAAGUAGCACUGUAAAAGCUUAUACCACAAUAAAUUUGUCAGGCUUUAAGGUGUCACAAGUCUCUUUGUUGUUUAUAAUAUAUUCUGGAUUGUAGAUUUCAUCCUGCACUUGAUAUCUGCAUUUAUUCAGUUGAAGAAAACAAGAUAGGUAAUUGGAUGUGACCCUGAAAUUAUCAAUAAUAAUUCUACGUCCAAUACCUUAAUUAAUUCAGACAGUUAAUAUGGUUAGCUAUUGUCUUGGAAUUUGUUCCAAAUCGUUGCAGAUAAAACAUUUUCAGGGAAACCAAACUGCUUGUUUACAAAGCUAUUGUACUACCAACUUAACUGUGUGCUUGUGAAACAUGGAUCACUUAUAAACUCCAUCUCCAACUCCUCGAAAGAUUCCAUCAACAGUGUCUCUGAAAAUUUUUGCAUAUACUUGGGAAGACAGGCAAACUAAUGUCAGUAUCGUCUUCCAAAGCAACUACUUUAUUCCCAACUUAAGAAUGGAAAGCGUAAUGCCAGUGGACAACAAAAGAAGUUUAAAGAUGCUCUCAAGGCAAAUCUAAAAAGAAGUACUAUAAACACCGACAACUGGGAAACACUGGCCUAUGAGCACUCCAGUUGGAGAAUAGCCUCUACCAAAGGCAUCAUGGACUUUGAAGAAGAAAGGAACUCAGGAGGAAAGGGAGAAAUGAGCUAAGAGGAAGGCACGUUUGGCAAACCCUCCCUGUGAUCAACUCCCGCCUGGAAACUUAUGUCCCCACUGUGGAAGGACGUGUGGAUCCAGAAUUGGGCUCCAUAGUCACUUACGGACACACCGUUAAGACGGUGUUCAUGGAAGACAAUCUUAUUUGGCUACAAAUGAUCGCCUUCUUGGCUACAAGAAGAAGAUGUGGGCUGUCAGACAUUCGUACAAAGUAUCUUGAAGUUUCUUGGGCUUUAUGAAAUCUGGCUUUUGCUUAACACACUGUUCCACCUUCCCACUCAAAGUGAAAUUGGGACUGGAAAUAUGAAGCAGCCCCACACAUGCUCUGCUAAUUGGAUUACCAAUGCCAAUAUGUUUGUGAUAUCAGCUGCUCUCCUGCUUUCUUUCCUUACACAUACCCCCAUCAUGAAAAACGGCAGCCUGUGCUUUGGUUGCUGUCUCACAGUGUUGUCCUUCCAUAAUGUCUCACCAUACCUUGAAUAUCACAUGCUGGGAUCAAGCAACAGGAGUUGUCUGCCACCAUCAUGUCCUGACUGUGUGGCUUCCAAAGGCAUUCUGCAAACAGAAUGUUGAAUUGGGUGGAUAUUUCUAGUCUAGCAGAGUCUUUAAAAACAACACAGUUUUUGUCAACCAUAAUUAUGUACUAACUAGAAUAGUGGCAGUCAUGAAAUUUUGACCGUUGCCUAUUACAAAUGCUUGCCUGAAGUUCCGUUAACUGAAAACUUAAAAUAGUGGUUUUUAAGGCCAGUAUUAGUGACAUUUUAAGGCCAGUUUGUGGCGAAUGCCACAUGUUAUUUAAGACCCGUGUGCUUUCAGCCUUCUCUGUUUCCCAUUCCUCAAGCCAAAUGAGUUUAACAUCCCCUCCAGUAAUGAUGUGCCGUAAUGGAACUGAGUACAAUGUUCUUCAGAAAGUAGCAAUUACCUGUUUGUCAAAUCUUCUCCUUUCCCAUCAAUUUACCACUUGCACAGCUUCCUGGCGCCACUGGGCAGGGGAGUUGUCCUUUUCAAUGAAUGUUUGCCGGAGUAGAGGGGAAAACUCCUUACUUGUGAGCUGCAUGUUCUGUCACUAAUUAGCAGCAGGCAGAGGCAAGCCUGUCUUGCUCAGAACAGAAGGAGAUUUGGGGAGGAAGAUAUUUCCUUCUGCUCAGUUUAGCAGGAAUUAUUAUGUUGUUACAUUAUUGCUCAAAUCUUUUGCCAUCUUAUUCACAUUGUAAUUAGCAGAAUACAAUGUGAAUAAGGUAGCAAAAGAGUUGAGCAAUAAUGCAAUAACUUAAUAACUCCUCUGUCCUUGAGUACCAGCAUAGUUUUAAUGAUUAGUACAGCAAGAAAGGAAUACUUACUAUAGCAAAUUUGAGUUAUAUACAUUCACUGUAUGCCCUCCCUAGAAACCUCAAGCCAGUUGAACCAGGACUCCCUCUUAACCAGACUAAUUAUUAGAGAUUUGUUCUGUACACAGUUAACAAAUCUGAUUGUUUUCAUUUUAACUGUCAUUUUUUCAGAGGUGAAUUUUUCCUCCAUAUUUAGUUCAUUCCUUUUUGUUUUUGCAUUGACUCCAAUGGGAUACCCAGCCAGUCUCCUUGGGUGUUUUCCACCCAAAUUGCAAUUGUAGAACUGCAGCUAAUCAAAGAAGGGGCAUUGAGUUUGGAUGGAUGCAUUGUCUCAGAGCAUGACAAAUCUCUUCAUGGUUGUGUUCCAGAUUAUUCCAAUUUCCCUUCCUACCUAGCUGACCCCACUACCUAGCUGACCCCCACUUUGGUCAGUCUCUUUCUCUCAUACCCCCAACCCUUAUCCCAUUCAUUUCCUCCUCAUGUUCUUUUGGUUGUUUGCUGUUGACUGGCAAUGGUUUUCCGUUCCUUAUGGCACUAGCAUUAAAGAGGUGGUAAAAUCUGCUAACUUUCCCUGUUGCCCUGUUGAGUCACAGUGACAUUUGGACCAUUGGGAUGAGGGACACAGUGACCGUUCCCUUCCUUCUGUUAUAUAAAAUUCACCGGGUGUUAAAAGUCAGACAAAAAACAACAACAAAACCAGAACAGAAGUCAUAUUUAUUUUAUGCACAAAUGAAACAGAAACCUUCUGAAAUCAUAGGCAAAUUGCUGUAAAGCAUUAUUAGGGAUAGAAAUGUCAAGCAUGUAGAACAGCAGGACUUGUGAAAAAUCAGCAUGGUUUCUGCAAAGAGGAGUCUUGACUCACCAAUGUUUUUGAAUGCUUGGAGUGAACACAAUUUGACAGACAUUAUAUACUUAACUAUAUACAUGUUUCGACCAUUUAUUUCCUUUUAAAAGUUCUGGUGAAUUGUUGGGAUAGCUCUUAUUUUUGUUUUAAACUGAUCAUAUUCGUAAUAGAGGGAAAUAAGCAGUGGAGUUUACCAAGGGUCUUUCUGGGAACUGGUUCUGUAUAGCAGGUUCAGUUUACAUCAGGACCUGUGGUACCAGACCUGCAGUCAGUCAGUUGGAAGACCAGAAGUCAGAGAUGAGUUUGUAGCUCAGGUAGAGCCAAAGUCAAGGACCAGAAAGUUGAGGGCCAACCAGAGAGGCCAGAGGCAACAAUAUACUCAGGUCAGCUAAGAGUCAAGGUCCAGAGCAGUGAACAGAAAUUCCUGCCCUCUAGAAGCUGCUGUUGUGAAGUUUUCCAAAUUUGGUCCUACAUUCACAAGUUUGUAAAUGCAUCAAAUCCCAGAGCCCUAGUCAAGCAUUAGGUUUACUUGCUUGCAGAUGCUGGCUCCACUUCUGACCUUUGUGCACUCAGCAUUCUCAAGUGGGAUUUUGUGUUUAGUUGCAUGCUUAAAACCCCCUUCAAACCUGCAUGCUGAGUGCAUGAAGGCUGGCAGUACAGCCAUCAACACUGGGGAUGAUGGCAGGUGGGAGCGGUAUAUAUGACCCAUUCUUGGAAUGCAAAUAGACCUUAAGGACAUCACCAACAGGUAUGUUAUGUAGAAUUCUGAUUCCAGAAUUUGAAAGUGCCCUGAUGUCGCUGGUCACAGCUUAAUGCCUUUCUCCUCUCUGUGUCUCACUCCUAUUUGUUUGUUUGUUUACUUUGCAGAAAAAAUUCCAGAUUGCAAUUCAAUAAAGUGAAAGUAGAAGAUGCAGGUGAAUACACUUGUGAAGCUGAGAAUGUGCUGGGCAGAGACACCGUCCGGGGCAGUCUGAAUGUGAAAAGUGGUAAGUUACAGAGUUGAGCCAAAACGAUCUAUUUAGUUUAAGUUUUGCUGUUGCUAUUGUUGAAGGGGAAACAUUUGAAAUUCCUCGUGGUAUUUUAUUCCGUGAAGCUCAUGAGACCUGGGAACAAGAGAGAAGUACUCUCUCUGAACAUCUCUGAGCCUGACCAGAUUUGUGAAGCUUCACAGCCUAACUGAGCUAACUAGACCUGGAUAUAGUCACACACAGUGGCCUGGACUUGGAUAAAAACCAAUAAACACUUUUGAUCUCCAUUUGAUUUUUAUUAGCUUUUUGAUGCAGCUAUUGACUUGAAAAUCCAAACUGAAAAAAGUUCUGCCCAGCCCUAGUUUCUUUGCACCUGCUUGGUGGUUGUUGCCUUUAAUUCCUUCUUCAUAUAGAGGGGGACAUAAGAAGAUCCUGGCUGCUGGAUCAGGCCUAUGGUCCAACUGCUUGAGCCUCCUGCUCUCACCGUGGCCAACCAGAUGCCCAUGAGGGGGGGGCCACCAGCAGAGCCUGGGUGCAACUGGACUUGCCUCACUUGUGAUUCCCAGCCGCUGGCAUUCAGAGACAUGCUGCCUUUGACAGUGGAGGUAGAACACAGCCCUUGAGGCAGUAGCCAUGGAUAACCUGAUCUGCCAUGAAUUUGUCCAGUCCUCUUCAAAGUCAUCCAAGUUGGUGACCACCAUUACCUAUUCUGAGAAUGAAUUGUGCAGUCUAAAUGUGCUCUGCAUGAAGAAGUGCUUUCCUCAUAGGGAAGUUCCCCCAUCCCCUUCAUAUUUUUGGUUGCAUUUUAUGAAUCUUUUGGGGGUGAGCUGACCAGAACUGUACACAGCAUUCCAAACGUGGUUGCAUCAAAGAUUUGAAUAACAGCAUAAUGAUGUUGCCAGUUUUAUUUUUUAGUCAUUGAUUUCUAGUAUGGAAUUCACCUUUUUCUCAACUGCCACACACUGGGUUAAAGUCUUCACUACGACCCCCAAUGUCUUGUUCCUGGUCAGCCACGGCCAGUGCAGACCCCAUGAGCAAAUAUGUGAAAUUAAGGGGUUUCUCCCCUCCUUAAUGUGCAUCACUUUACACUUGCUUAUAUUGCAAGCUUAUAUUGAAUUGCAUUUAACAUUUUAUUGUCCAUUCAAAAUAACUUUUUGCUUCAACCUCCCUGAAGAAUUUGGUAUCAUCAGUAAACUUAGCCACCCUAAACUUAGCUUAUCGCUGUCUCUAGAUCACUUAUGAGCAAGCUAAAAAAAACCAGGUUCCAGUAUCAACUGUGGGAGGUCUCUACGCCCUUCCAUUGGGAGAACUGUCCUCUUAUUCCUCUUAUUCUGUGCAUCACAUUUCUUAGCCAGUUACUGAUCUACAAGAGGACCUCUCCUCUUACUCCACUGUCACAAAGAUUGGGUGCCACCCCCACUCUCUGCUGAGUGGUAGCAAGAUUCUGGGGGGUUCCAGGUGCUCACCCAGAGUUUGUGCUCUUUUGGAGAGUUGAAGAUGCUGUGGGGACUGUCACAGCUUUAAGCAAUAUGUUUUUUUCACCUAUUUACACCUUCUGUCUGCAUGGAGGAAGUCCAGAUCUUACAGCAUGGUCUUCUCAAACAGGGCUUGCUCCCCCCUAGCAGUGCAACCCUGGAGUCAAAGUAAUCUCUCCCAGCCAGCCUUCAGCCAGCUUGCCCAAGAUGGAUCUCUUCCUUUGUUCUCUCCUUCUUCUUCCCAGAACACCUUGCUAAAGACUCUCUUUUCCUGUCAUCUCUCACAUACCCCAUCACCUUAGCAAUUUCCGCCUUCCCAAGAUUCCCCUUAGAUGGUUCAUCAACGCUUUUUGCCAUCUUAAUGCCUCUAUCCAAGGUGAGGUCCUGGCUUGGGAAGGAAGCUUAGCCUGCAUUUUUCCACUGGCCUGCAAUCUUCCCUUCAAUACUCCAAAUAAUUAAUAUCCUACCAUUUAUUAAUUUUUAGGGGGGUCCCCCCCCAAAUCUACGACACAAUGACUGCUAAGCUUAUACAGGAGUCUUUUGUGGGGUACUUAGUCAUAAGACUUUUGAAAAUCUAAAUACACAAUGUCAACUGGAUCACCUCUGUCUAUAUGCUUGUUGACACUCUCACAGGUGUCCAAAGAUACAUACAUUAAAAGCAUCUUAUACCGCUUUAACAGUUAUGACUUCUCCCAAAUAAUCCUCAGAACUGUAGGUUACUAAUGGAAUUGUAGGGGUCUCUUAACAUCUAUUAGCACAGUUCCAUGAUUCUUUGGGAGAAGCCAUGACUGUUAAAGUGAUAUAAGAGUGCUUUAAAUAUAUGGUCUGGAUGUAUCUUUAACAAGGUUUUCUAUCAGUUUUCCAGGAACAGACAUCAAAACUCGAACUUUUCAGGUUCCUGCCCCCAGAUCCUUCUUUAAAAGUUGUUGUUACAUUGGUCACUUUUUUCAAGUCCUCAGCUGAUCUUUUAGGGACAAGUUACGUGUUUUUUUUAAGAAGACCAGCAAUUUAACAUUUGAGUUGUUUAAGGACUCUCAAGUGGAUACUUAGGAUUACAUUAAAAUGAAGCCUGAAUCAGUUAUAAAACAGGAAACUGAGGGGAGGGGCUCUUGUUCCAGCAAGACGUGCUUUUCAUAGUAAAAAUAAGACACAAGCAAAUAAGAAAGGAAGAUUUAUAUUUACAUUUUGCGCUAGUGAAAUUCCAAAACAUUUUGGGCUAUACAGUGAUUGAAUAAGUUGAACUUACGUUGUGGGCCAAGCGCCAUCAUCCUCUUAUCCUGGGGUGCGGUGGGUUAGUAUGUCUGACUGUUAACCAGAAAGUUGAUAGUUCGAGUCCACCCAGGGACAGCUGUGGACAGGAUUCCUGCCUUGCAGGGGGUUGGACUAGAUGAUCCUUGGGUCCCUUCCAACUUUACAGUUCCAUGAUUCUAUGAGUCCGAGAUCUAGCUGUGGCAGCACCAGCAGGCACAAGUCCAGUAUUGCUCUCUCCCCUUUUCUGCAGCUCCCUUUGAGCACACACCCCGUGUGGAUAUAUAUUAUGAGAUCUUCAAGAUGAAUACAAUCUUAAGAGCAAGCCUCUCAGCUUGUUCAGUUCUACUUCAUGCUGUUUGAGAUAAUUAGCAAAGAUUUGAGUCCAGGACACUUCCUUGCAGUACAUAUAAGAUUUAAUAGCUCUGCCAUACAUUUGGAGAUCCAGCCUAAUCCUUUGGUGAAGGAUCUCCAACUGAGAUCCAAAUGAGGCUUACUCCCUAGUAAGUGUGAUUUGGAACGGAGACAGCAUCAGAGAAUGGAGCCUAAUAAUUAUAAUACAGUGGUACCUCGGGUUACAUACGCUUCAGGUUACAGACUCCGCUAACCCAGAAACAGUACUUCAGGUUAAGAACUUUGCUUCAGGAUGAGAACAGAAAUCGUUCUCUGGCAGCGCGGCAGCAGCAGGAGGCCCCUUUAGCUAAAGUGGUGCUUCAGGUUAAGAACACUUUCAGGUUAAGAACUGACCUCCGGAACAAAUUAAGUACUUAACCCGAGGUACCACUGUAUUAAGAAGUCUGUGAGAAAAGUGGAUGGGUGUUAGUUUUUCAUCAGCGCUCCUGCCCAAUUUUAUUCAUCUCAUUUUUAAAAAAUAAAAAUAAAAAUCAUUUUAUUAAUUUAGAUUUUCAAGAUAGCCUACAAAAGAGAACCAUAAGACACACAGAGAGAGAGAAGAGCAAAGAAGCUGCCUUGGAAUUGUUCACCCCCUCACACAAACACUCCCGGCAUUUUAAAUCUUUCCUAGCGUUGGAAGUAAAUCCAAUUGAUGUUUCCCCUUAGCAAGUGUGCUUUGGGUCACAGGCUGGGGGGGGGGGUAGGAAAAACUAUUUGCCUUUCUAAGCCCCUUUUACUGUCUUAACUGCACCUCAGUAGUUUUGGUGAAGCUGGAUUUUACCACAGAUCUCUGGUUUUAGCUUUGCCAUGCAUUCUUUAACCUCCUUCCUUUGGCAACUUCCAUCAUCUUAUUUAUGUUCAGUGUAUAUUGAAAUAUACAGUCCAUCAUUUUUCCUCAGUCACCUUUAAGUCUUUUAUGGCUUAUUGCCUGCCAGAGAGUACAUCAUAUGGGACCACUUUUAACCUCAACCAUGCCAGAUGUAUCUCCAUUUAUAACUUCAUAAACUAAAACAUACAUUCUGGUUGACUCCUCAACAUUUCAUUGGAAUGUUAAAAAUUCUAAUUAUCCAUCUUUAUCUCCUUAUUUGAAUAAGAAAUGGAUGGUUCUGUUGUCUAUUUUUCCUGAUGCUAUCCAGAAGAUGUAUCCUUUUGUAGAAAUAGUUUUAAGCUACAAGGAUAGUACUGGGAUCUCCAUUUCUCAACCACUCCUUAAAUGUUUCUUCUACUCAAUCACACAAAUGGCUUAACACUCACAAAACUGCUUCAGAUAUCACAUGCCUGGCAAGGAUUCUUCUCCAGUUCUAACAUAUGUAGCUAACUUUACCAUUAUCUUCCACUCUGCUAAUGGGGUAACUUGCUUCUUCUUUUUUUACUGCUUUCUUACCUUAAUUUCCCUAGGAACAAUGAAUGCACCCCAAAUCUUAUCUACUUCAGAAUCUAAAUUAGUUGUAAUAGAAGAAAAGUGUAAGUACCCCUCUCCCCAGAUGCUUUCUUUUAAAUAUUUUAUAAUUUAUUUUGCUUUUACAUCUCUCCGGGCCUGUUCUUUGCAGCUUCCCCCAAAAAGGAUUUGAUCAUUAGUUAAGUGUCCACACAGGGGUAUUUACUAUUUAUAUCUCUUGACACCCAAGCUGUAAAGAAUCAGAAGCAGUUACUUUACUUGGCAAAUGGUCUUUAGAUGCUGUGGCACCCAGUGACUAAAUAAUGAACAUUAUUUAAACUGCCUGCACAAGAGUAGUCUGUUGGCAUUUAUGGUACUCCUCUAAAGGGACGAUUUGAGGACUGCACUUUUAAGUUCUUUUUCAGCAAAAACAUUUUUAUUUAUGGAAGUAAAAUCUGUUUUAUCCCUUCCUUGCAUUUUUAAAGAUAUCCUCUCCUCUGCACCAUAGCAAGGAACAAGGAAACAGAGCCAACACAGUAAUUCAAAGAAGGAAAAUUUAAAGAAAAACCCCUUCAUAUAUAUAAAAUAAUAAUAAUAAAAUUAUAAUUGUAUAAUUGUUUCAACACAUUUUCAUCAUGAAAUUUCCCCAAACCCCUAAACCCAAGUGGACUUAUUUAAAUGUAGCAUUUACUUAUGGUUUGUGACAAUACAUUUAUUUUUGGUUUUAUAAUGUUUUAUGGUGAAAAUGUAAAGAUAACAUAAAAUCAAGAUGCAAAACUCCUAUACAUUGAAUAAAUUCUGUAAGGAGAGGGAAACAUGUUUCAUUUAAUAGUGCUUCUAUUUAGUAUUUUCUUUCUUUAAAAUAGAAAAAAAUGAUGUAAUUAUACAUAUGCUUUCAUAAAGAUUGUUUUAGAUGUUGUAUUGUUUUCCAGGAGUGUUUGUAAAAACAGUGCAAAAUGAAGUUGGAUAUCAAGCUUUUUGCCAUUUUUUAAUGAAUGCAUAUGCAUGUCAGUAAUGUAAAGAUGAAAAAGUUGUGAAUUAACUAAGAAAAUGGAAGUUGAGGCAAACUGCAUGUGGUACAGAAGAGCAAUAAAGGAAUUGAACAAUUAAAAAAUCACACCUCUUAAUCCUGCCCUGCUUGCAUAUUUCUUCUUGUGUCCUGCAUCAGAUGGUGCGUCCAAACAAAUAUCAUUCAUACAUACAUACCUAUACAGAGUUGUUGUUGUUGUUUAGUCGUUUAGUCGUGUCCGACUCUUCGUGACCCCAUGGACCAGAGCACGCCAGGCACUUCUGUCCUCCACUGCCACCCUCAGUUUGGCCAAACUCAUGCUGGUAGCUUCAAGAACACCAUCCAACCAUCUCAUUCUCUGUCGUCCCCUUCUCCUUGUGCCCUCCAUCUUUCCCAACAUCAGGGUCUUUUCCAGGGAGUCUUCUAUCUCAUGAGGUGGCCAAAGUAUUGGAGCCUCAGCUUCACGAUCUGUCCUUCCAGUGAGCACUCAGGGCUGAUUUCCUUAAGAAUGGAUACGUUUGAUCUUCUUGCAGUCCAUGGGACUCUCAAGAGUCUCCUCCAGCACCAUAAUUCAAAAGCAUCAAUUCUUCGGCGAUCAGCCUUCUUUAUGGUCCAGCUCUCACUUCCAUACAUCACUACUGGGAAAACCAUGGCUUUUACUAUACGGACCUUUGUUGGCAAGGUGAUGUCUCUGCUUUUAAGAUGCUGUCUAGGUUUGCCAUCGCCUUUCUCCCAAGGAGCAGGCGUCUUUUAAUUUCGUGACUGCUGUCACCAUCUGCAGUGAUCAUGGAGCCCAAGAAAGUAAAAUCUCUCACUGCCUCCAUUUCUUCCCUUUCUAUUUGCCAGGAGGUGAUGGGCCCAGUGGCCAUGAUCUUAGUUUUUUUGAUAUUGAGCUUCAGACCAUAUUUUGCGCUCUCCUCUUUCACCCUCAUUAAAAGGUUCUUUAAUUCCUCUUCACUUUCUGCCAUCAAGGUUGUGUCAUCUGCAUAUCUGAGAGUACAUGAUUUUUGUCUACAAAAUGAAGUUACAGUGACAGGAAUUAUUGCCAACUCUGAAUCUGAAGUCAGAAGCUGGAGUCUUUUGGAACUCCUGGAAGGCACUUCAUGACUUUGUAUAACUGCACCCAGGUGUCAUGGUGGGUCUGAAAGGACUUCACACAGAGCACACCUGAGUGACUAAGUGACACUUUGACUUUAGCCUGUCAUGGGCGACAAUGCAACUUAUGUACACUAUCAUUAUUGUAGUGUUAUCUGGAAUAUGUUUGUUAGUUUAUUCGCUCUCUUGGAAUGGGGUAGAAUGAACAGUGUGACAAGAUAGUAUAAUUGUCUGCGAUGGGUGGAUGUUACUGUUGGGGCUUAGUGGUCAAAUUCUUGCAUUGUGUUCUUCCACCUCCACACAACAACUACUGCCUCCCAACCCAUAUAUUUUUAAGAGUGUGAGUCUGUGGCUGCUGUGUGAUACAUGCUGCACCCCUUUGUAUUUAUCACUCAGUUUCUUGAAUACCCUACAAGCAAAGUAGUUGCAGAGAUGAGGGAAUUAGACAUGCCUGAUCAAAACAUUCACAAAAAGCAAUGGACAGCAGUGGCCUCCAGGGCUCUCCAGAUGUUGUUGGAUACCAGCUCCCAUCAUCCCCAACCAACAUGGCCAUUGGUCCGGGACGGCACCUACCCAGGGCAAUAUAACCCUUCUUGAGACUCGCUGGGGAGAGUAUGCUAGUGUCAGAUGGUGCCAUCACAGGGACAGAGCCUUCUUAGUGUUGGCAUUCUCACUGUGGAAUACUCUCCACAGAGAGGCUCAACAAGUUCCUACUUUGUUUUUUUUUUUAAAUAAUUUUUAUUCAAGUUUUAAACAACAAAGAAAAAAAAGAAGAGCAUACACAAUACAUAUAACAAAAACACACACCAAAAACAAAACAAAAUUCAACAAUAAAGAAACAAAAAACAUAACAAUUAAAAACAAUAUCUCUUUUCCCUAUCCGUUUUUUAGUUACUUAUUUUCUGGACUUCCUCAUACCUCCCUCUUUUGUAUUCCAAUCCAAAUUGUUUGUCCAGCAAUUUCUUUUCCGCUUUUUUAAUCCCAAUCUUUAGCUUUAAUAAGAUAUUAAAAUAUAUAACUUCAACUUCUUUAAACCUGAUCUUUAGUCUUAGUAUCAUAUAACCUUAAAAUUUUUCCUCUUAAUAUCAAAUUUCCAUUUCUUUAAACAUCUUUAAUCCUAAUCUUUAAUCUUAGUCUAUCAUUAACUUUAACCUGUACAGCUGGAAACCGCUUAUUUUCAGUCCAACAUCACUCUAACAUUCCUUAAUUUUGCAAUGUUUCUGAAGAUAGUCUAAAUUUCUUCCAAUCUUCCUCCAUCGACUCUUCUCCCUGGUCACGGAUUCUGCCAGUCAUUUCCGCCAAUUCCAUGUAGUCCAUAAGUUUCAUCUGCCAUUCCUCCAGCGUGGGAAGUUCUUGUGUCUUCCAAUACUUUGCGAUGAGUAUUCUUGCUGCUGUUGUUGCAUACAUAAAGAAAGUUCUAUCCUUUUUUACCACCAUUUGGCCGACUAUGCCCAGGAGGAAGGCCUCUGGUUUCUUAGGGAAGGUACAGUAUACCUAAAUACCAUUUUUAAUUCAUUAUAUAUCAUUUCCCAGAAAGCCUUAAUCUUUGGGCACGUCCACCAAAGGUGAAAAAAUGUACCUUCAAUUUCUUUACAUUUCCAACAUUUGUUAUCGGGCAAGUGAUAGAUUUUUGCAAGCUUGACUGGGGUUAUGUACCACCUGUAUAUCAUUUUCAUAAUAUUCUCUCUUAAGGCAUUACAUGCCGUAAAUUUCAUACCUGUGGUCCAUAACUGUUCCCAGUCAGCAAACAUAAUAUUAUGUCCAACGUCCUGUGCCCAUUUAAUCAUAGCCGAUUUUACCGUUUCAUCCUGAGUAUUCCAUUUCAGCAGCAAGUUGUACAUUCUUGACAAAUUCUUAGUUUUGGGUUCUAACAAUUCUGUUUCUAAUUUGGAUCUUUCCACCUGGAAGCCAAUUUUCCUGUCCAAUUUAAAUGCCUCCAUUAUCUGAUAAUAAUGGAGCCAGUCUCGCACUUUUUUAGUUUUUCAAAACUCUGCAAUUUCAGUCUAUCUCCAUCUUGUUCCAAAAUUUCCCAAUAUUUCGGCCAUUUGACCUCCAUAUUGACCUUUUCAAGGCUUUCGCUUCCAUUGGUGACAGCCACCUUGGGGUUUUGUUUUCUAACAAAUCCUUAUAUCUUAACCAAACAUUGAAUAGCGCUUUCCUGACAAUGUGGUUUUUAAAUGCUUUAUGUGCUUUGACCUUAUCAUACCAUAGAUAUGCAUGCCAUCCAAAAACAUUAUUAAAACCUUCCAAGUCCAAAAUGUCAGUGUUUUCAAGAAGUAGCCAUUCUUUCAGCCAGCAAAAAGCUGCUGAUUCAUAAUAAAGUUUAAGGUCUGGCAGGGCAAAUCCACCUCUUUCCUUUGCAUCUGUUAGUAUUUUAAAUUUUAUUCUAGGCUUCUUGCCCUGCCAGACAAAUUUAGAAAUAUCUUUCUGCCACCUCUUGAAACAAUCCAUUUUGUCCACAAUCUGCAAAGUUUGGAACAAAAACAACAUUCUAGGCAAUACAUUCAUUUUUAUCGCAGCAAUACGGCCCAGCAGUGAAAGCUUCAAAUUUGACCAAAUUUCUAAAUCUUUUUUUCACUUCAGACCAGCAUUUUUCAUAAUUGUCUUUAAAUAAGUUCCCAUUUUUUGCUGUCAUGUUAAUCCCCAAAUAUUUAACUUUCUUAACCACUGUUAAACCUGUCUCAUUCUGAAACCUCUCUCUCUCAAUCGGUGUUAAAUUUUUCUCUAAAACCUUGGUUUUUGACUUAUUCAAUUUAAAUCCUGCCACUUGACCAAAUUCUUGAAUCAGUUCUAAAACCCUUUUUGUACUAGAUUCUGGCUCCUGUAACGUCAAUACUAAGUCAUCUGCAAAUGCUCUCAAUUUGUACUGUUUAGUUCCGACCUAACAAGUUCCUACUUUGAUUCCAUUUUGUCACCAGAUGAAUAGCCUCCAUUGUGAUAUUAUUUUAUUCUGCUCUUUUAGAUUUUGCUGGUUUUAAUCUUCUGUUUGUAUGUUUUAACUGUGUUAUUGGUUGCUGUUACAAUGUGCUUUAAAGGUGGAGUAGAAAUCUCCAUAACAAAUAAAGUAAUAACUGUGUGGCCACAGGCCAUGGGUGGCUCUUUUAAAACAUUUCAUUCUCACAGCAACUUAGCCCAAGAAGUACAAAUGGCAAAACGAGCAUUUAAUGUGUGUGUUUUUUCUUCCCCCAGUCACUACAACUCUCUCCUCUGGGCCUGGACACACUAGACAAUGCAAUGAAACAGUCAAGUCCUAUUGCGUCAACGGUGGCGUGUGCUACUACAUUGAGGGCAUAAAUCAGCUGUCCUGCAGGUAAGUGAACAGAUUUCUUUUUUUCCUGCACAAAAGAACCCUUGGAAUCCAAGAGGGUAAGUGCUCUGUGCAAGAGGACAAGGUGUGACAUUGCCUGAUGGUCCCUUGGCAAUGACUAAGAAGAGGAGCAGGCUUAGCUAAAGGCUGUGUCUGUGGCGCCAGGCCAUUUCCCCCAUUAUCCUUGGUGUCUUAUGCACCAUCAGCACUAUAACAAAAGUGCACCUAGGCUGGAAGUAAAAGCAACAUCUCUAUCUUUCUCUCCCCACUCCCUUCUUUCUCUGUCUGCUGUCUUCCAGAUUCAGGUAGGUAGCCGUGUUGGUCUGACGCAGUUGAAAUAAAAUAAAAUUUAAAAAUUGUCCAAUAGCACCUUUUAGACCAACUAAGUUUGUUCUGGUAUAAGCUUUCGUGUGCAUGCUUAUACCAGAACAAACUUAGUUGGUCUAUAAGGUGCUACUGGACAAUUCUUUAUUUUUUAUUUUGACUGCUGUCUUCCAGUUUCUUCCAGUUGCAGGGAAGGAUCACCCAUUCCACUUUUCUUCACAAUUUAGAAUCAAUAUUUCGUGGUGCAGUUUGGCAAUUUUAGAGUGUGAACUUAAUUGCUUUAACCCAGCAACCCCCCUUUAGAUGGGUAUAUUUACUUUAAAAUGGGAUAAGCAACUCCUACUGGGUUUGGGGGCCUCCUGCUCAUCCUGCUGCGUGGGGCCCUGGAAUUCUGCCCCAACACCUCCACUGUCAUGAAGACACUGUCAUCUCUUCCAGGGUAAAAAGCCUGGAUAUUACCAGUAAUAGGCCAGUCUCUACCAUUAUGCCAAAGAUGCCAUCAGUCAGCAAAAAGGGAUGCAUUUCAUACUUUUCCAUUUCUAGUGGUCCAAAGUGAAAUAAAUAAUCAUUUAGUAAAACCAGAGCUUCAUUUUCUGGGUGCAGAGAGUGAAAAUCACAUAAUUUGGAGGGCUAUAUGAGAAGAAAUUAUAGAUACAGUAUUUGCCUAUAAAUGACUACUUGCUAUAAGGCAAGUAGGAACUGAAAACUGGGAAUUUUGUGUGGCUUCUAAAGGUUGCCUAAUAUAGACCUUAUCACAGGAAAGGAAUGUUUUUUUCAUUGCUAGUUUCCAAUGGUAAUGGGUCUAUAUUACACAACCAACAUCAUGGGUAUUCUGAAGAGAAGGUUUGUUGAGAGAAAGGACUGUGGAGAUUGCAGCUGCAAUCCUAUGCACACUUUCCCAGGUAUAAGCCUCACAGAAUACAGUGUGACUGUACUUCCAAGCAAACAUGCAUAGAAUUGCCCUGUGAGCCACCUGGAAAAGCUGACAGGUUACAAUCUUUUGGCAGGACAUUAAUCAGGAUGGUUGUUUCUGCUUGUUGUACCGGGAUGGACAGUUUUCCCUCAGUUACUGGGAUGGUCACCUCCAAACUUUGCCUCCAUUCAUGUUUGUGGCAUUCUCCAUUUCCAUAGCAGACAAGACAAUUCCACAUGCCUUUUCAACAUGUCAAGAAAUCCUUUUGGUUAUCUAAGCCCAUUCCAUCUCACUACCAUGAAGCAGUGCCGAUGCAGUUGUAGGCGGUUCUGCCAGCUUUAAGUAUAUAUAUAUAUAUAUAUAUACACACAAACACACACACACACAGUAUGUAAUUACAGUAUGCAAAAUCUAGAUGCCACAACUGGCUGCGUAUUUCAGCCCAUGCAAACUACGGAACUGGGUGCUGGUAAUAUUCUGUAUAGACCUGAAAACCAUUGCUUUGUGGCGGAGCUGGUGCUAUCAUGAGGUAUAGCUAAAUUGGUAGAGCGUGAGACUCUUAAUCUCAGGGUUGUGGCUUUGAACCCUAUGCUGGCCAAAAGAUUCCUGCUUUGCAGGCGUUGGACUAGAAGACCCUUGUCGUCCCUUCAGACACUACAAUUCUAUGAUUCUAUUUUUUUUAUAUAUAAGAUAUUUACUGAAAUUUUCCAAAUGUAAAUAUAAAAAUGACAAAAAAGAAAAAAAGAAGAAAAAAAGAAAAGAUACAAAAUACAAAAUAAAAAUGAUUAAAAAAAACCACUCAAUUUUUCCAUUACUUAUUUUUCCUUAGCUUGUUUCCCGGACCUCCUCAUACCUCCCUUUUUUGUAUUCCAGUUCAAUUUGUUGGUUCAACAAAUCCUUACUCUCUUUGUUUAUCCUAAUCUUUGGUCUUAAAAUAGUAACGUUAGAUUUUUACCUAUUAACAACCCAUUUUUCAUAUUCCCUUAAAGCAUUACAGCUGGAAACCACUUAAUUUCUAUCCAACAUCAUUCUAACAUUCAUUAAUUUUACAAUAUUUCUGUAGAUAGUCUUUAAAUUUCUUCCAAUCUUCUUCCACCGACUCUUCUCCCUGGUCUUGGUACAAUUCUGUGAUUCUAAACAGGUGCAAAUAUUAGUUGACUAGUCAGCUUGCUAUAGCUUCCUCACCACCUUGAAAAACUAAGCCUGCACAGUCCUUCCUUGCCUAUUGGUUUGGAGGGAGAAGAGGGAGAAGGGUCUGAGCAGUUGCUGGAGGAGAGAGGAAGAAAAACUGGCAGGUAACUAGGGUUGCCAUACGUCUGGAAUUUCCUGGGCAUAACCGGAAGCAGUGUCCAGGCAGAAAUUGGCAAAAAUGUCUGGUAAAAUCUGGACGGAUGGCAAGCCAUGUCAGCAGUGUCGUUUUUGCCAAUUUUCCUUAAAAAAAAAGCAGCUCAGAAAGCUCAACAAUUUUUCACUUACUGAAAUAUGGCAACCCUACUAACUGCAUCACUGUUCUAUCAUUCUCCUGUUUGCUUCCUGGCUUGUCUGAGAGAGAGUCUUUUGGGGUUCCUCUCAAUUUGGGGAGGAGGGACUGUGCUCAUUUGUGAUCCAGUCAAAAGGUGUUUGUGUUUCCUUCGUUUGGGACAGAGAGAGAAUCUGAAGGAAGCUGGAUUAAUUUCUGUGCUGGUGUAUGUGGGGAAAGCUCUUUGCAUGAGGACUGGGCUGAAGUAGUAAAACAAAAUAAGGUAGAACAAAAUAUUUUGGGGACCAGAAAUGAACGUGUGUAGUGUGUGCAGGAGAGAGAAAACUUGUAACACUACUGCAUUUUUAAUCAGAUGUCUAUUUUUGGAAUCCUGCUGUCUUACUCUGUUUAUAUAUCUUACAGAAGGCAAAGAAAUGCUAGGUAUUUUUAUUUUUAUUAUUAUUGUAUCUUAAGAUACAUUUCGUCCUGGGAAUUAGUAAUUUGGGGAUUUUCCCUAAGUACACAGUUCAGAAAUUUUGGGAUUCAGUCUCUUUACUUUAGUUUUGUGUUCCUUUUUGUUAUUUGCAGUUGGUACUAGGUAGUUGUGCUCAGGUCAGCUCAGCUCUGGAAGAAGAUUAUCCUUGGCUCUGAUAACAUUUUCAACUCCAUUUGACUACCUGCUUGUGGAAUUACUAUUACUUUUAUUACACAUUUUUAUCUCAUCUUUCCUCCAAGGAGCUCAGUGCAGCUUACAAGGUUCUUCCCCUUUCCCCAUUUUAUGUUCACAGAAGCUGUAGGAAUUAGGUUAGGCUGGGGGGCAAAUAAACUUCAUGGCUGAGAUUUGAACCUUGGUCUCUCCCCAUUCCUAGUCCUUUGGGAAGAGGAGGCAGGUGACAUAGUAACGUAGGUGAUGAUGUUUGCUCUCCCUAUUGAUCUGAAACAAAGUUAUUUCUUCAAAGCCAGCUCUGGGCACAUUCACUAACCAAUCUUUGCAAAUUGCUAAAUUCUUUGCCACAGUGUUCAUCUCAUGGCAGGAAGAGCUAUAACUCGGAUUUACUCAAGCUAAAUACAGACACUUGCUCUGCAAGUAGUGUGACUCAGUGUUCCCAUUUGAGGCAGAAUUUUCUGUAGGUGUGCUAAGGCUAAGCAGAGAACGCUUUUCUUAUAUAUUUUCCUCUUUCUACUCUCAUUUGUCUCUCAACGUAACUUUAUGCAUUUCCUGCAACUUCCUCUGUUCUCCUUUCACACUUAAGUUCUACAUUACUCUGUCCCUCUCCUCUUAUCCCACUUGCCAGUUUCUUUCAUCCUUCCUGAUACUUUCUUCCUCUAUCAUCAUCAUCACCACCACCACCAUCCUUCUAUCUCCCUUUCCUUCAACACUUCCUCUCCCUAGCCCUUUCCCUUCCGAGGAGGGAGACCUCCUUCCCCCUGCCUCCCAGUCACCUUUGCUCAGCAUGUCAGAAGUUGGUGGUGCUGGCAUUGGUCCAACCAAAAGGCUGCUAGAGAGUCGAGUAGGCAUGGAAGGAGGUACUGGACAGGCUGUGGUACUGAGGCCCAACUGAAAGUGGUCCAAGGCUUGCAGCACAGUUGGGCAUGACUUGGGGAAAAUGGCCUCAUGGGUCAAAGUAGGGUCUCUACUUUGGCCUUCAGGUUGAGGUUCACCACCGAUCAAAUGAACAAACAUCAUUGUAGGCAUUAAAAAACUGAAAGGCCUUUUUGCCUCUGCAGAAAAUGAUCCCUAAAGACACAGAGUACUUUCACAUCAUCCCUACUCUGAAAUGCUCUAGCGUCCCCACCAGCCUAUCAUGAAAAAGAUAAUAGAAGUGCUUCCUAUACUCAGGCAGUCACAAUGAAGGCCCAUACAGCUCCUGCGGAGCCCCAGGUCUUUAUCUGCAUGGUUUGAUUUCACACCAUGGAGUAGGCAGAGAAUGACGUUUCACCUGAUGUCAACCCCCCACCUGUCAACGUGGCUCACAGUGAUUGUGGGAGAUCAGGGUCCAGCUCACUAGCCAGAUCCAAUUUCCCACCCUUGGCCUUUUCAUUAACAUUACAUUUUCUUGCGCUCUCUCUCCCUCUCUCUCAACUUAAUUUGGAUUUAUAGACAUUAUUACCUAGUAGGAGUGGCCUAGUCCAGGGGUCUGCAACCUUUAAGACAAAAAGAGCCACUUGGACCCGUUUCCGAAGAAAAAAAAACUGGGAGCCGCAAAACUCGUCAUUAUAAAAAUAACUUUUUGGUCACUUUUAUUAUUAUUUCUUUGUUUGACCCUUCAGAAUUACUCCUCCUCAUAGAAAUAAACGUUAAAUUAACAAGUUACCUUUUUGUGUGUGUGUUCUUCACUCCCCUUCAAAACAGUGACCAGCGUACAUGCCCCCUUUCAAUAUAGCGGGCGGGCGGGAAGGUGACGUCGGGACGGUGCGUGACUAACGCACGCACCGCCCCCAUGCGACGUCACAGCCAGUACAGCGCCCGCCACAGUGGGGAGUGUCGGGGUGCACAAUGUGCCUCCUCCCCUCGCUAGUAUCUGCCCCGGAGCCGCGGCAAAGGUGUAAAAGAGCCACAUGCGGCUCCGGAGCCGCGGCUUGCAGACCCCUGGACUAGUCUGUUUCGCUGCCUGAAGUGAAAUGGGAAUAUGCAGCAGCAUUCACUGAAUGAUCCCAGUUUAGUUGGGAACGCUGAAUAAAUCAGAAAUCCAGAAUCAUAAAUCAGAAGAUAUUGUCCUCAAUUUGACUUUUUGUUUUUGGUGAUAUCAUCGUGAAGCUGACUGUGUUGUGAUGUCACCCUAAUCAUCGCAUGAUUCCUGAUUGGCUGGGAUUCACCAUGUGAUCCAGGAAGGUUGUAUAAUCAGAAGGGAUAAGUGAUGUCAAAGCAAAAGUAUCUGGUAGAAAACAAGACACUGACUAGGACUGGAAGAAAAGGAGAAUAUUUUCACAAUCAGCAUUGGGGGGGAGGAUACUUCUAUCCCUGUCCUCCAGAACCCAUAUUUCUGGCCUAAAAUUUGAAACAGAAUAAUAUUUAUCACAAUUUUACUCCAUAUGCCCAUGGAUUUUUAGCAGAGAUCGCCAAAAGAGAGAAAUUCUGACAGGAUAUUUUAGCCAAACAGACUUCUUGCUGAAAUACGUUUGACUUUCUUCCAAUGUGUAUCAGCUGUUUGGUGAAACCAUUGUGGCAGACUGAUGGCAAAGUAGCUUUCUUCAUACUAACUGGGCACCUGAAAUGCAAGAUAGGAUUGAGGUAUGGAGCUGGCUUUCUCCCUGAGACAAGAAUAUAUGAAGAAAGAUAAGAGUUCUGUGACACUGAAUGGACAUGGAUCCCGUUACUUGGUUGGCUUUCACUGAAUAACUGCAGCUCAUCUUUCAGGGACGGUUCUUGGCCACUGUUUGAGGAAUGAAGGUUGAUCUCUUUCCUUGCCCAUCCCCCUACUACAUCCUUCCCUUUCUUGCUUCCUGUCCAUAGCUAUUGCUAUAGUAUCUAUUAUAAAAUUUGGAAAAAUCCUGAAAAAUAAUAAAUUCAAUAUUUUCCGCUUAUGAAAUAUUAGAAGGUUUGGAACUGGAUCAUAGAAGAUAGAGGUUGGGGAUAGCUGCUGUUGCUUAGAGGCUGAGACUGCUUUGGGGUUGAGCUCCCUGCCUGUUAGCUGCUUAACUUACGUAAAAUAGACAACUGUUACAAAAAUACCAUAAGUCUCUAUUGCUGUAUUACCCAAAGUAAGCUACCAAUGCAAUUAUAUACAUGCCUCCUCCAGCUGUUGGUCCCACUGGGUUCAAUGGGGCUUACUCCAAGGUAAGUGGGUAUAAGAUUGCAGCCUAAGUGGCUUUCUAAAACUCAGACUCCCCACCAGUUGGAGAAAGAAACUUGGAGACACCCAAAUAUUCCAUUUCCUGUUUCUCUAAAAUUAAGGAAGAAUAUUGCUCCACAAAUAGAUUUGUGGGAAAGGCAUACAACAUGACUGGCUUUAUAAAAACUAACAUUCCAUCCAUCCAAGUAUCUUUAUUGUUGUUGUUGUUGUUGUUGUUGUUGUUAAUUUGACUUACCAACUAUCUGAAUGGCCACCUUCCGUUAUGCUAAUUGCCCUCUAUGGAGCAGUCGGCUGCCUGGUGGUGGGGGUGUCACUGAUGAGUUGUCAAUAGCCUCACAUCAUGCUGCCAUGGAUUUCCUUGUAGGCCACAGGCAACAACUUGGAUUUUGAACGACCUGGGAUACUCUUAAAGUAAAAUUGCCAUCAAACUUCCUUCUAAAACAAAAUUAAAAAUUAAUUUCAUUAACUUGUUUUGAACAAAAAUAAUUUCAGUUUUCAAAUGUCUCUUAGCAGGUUCCAUAUAUCUCUCUUGUCUGGAUUUCCCCUAAAGAGACAAAACAGCCAAGGAAUUAAAAACAAAGGCACUCAGUUGCAGCAAUGCAGACGCAGCAUUAUUUCAUAAUCUGAUUCCCCCAAUCAGGAUCUGACACAACCAUAAUCAGAAACAGGGCAAAAUUACUGUAGAUAAUUUACAGAACAACAACAAAGGAAAAAAAGCAAAGGGAAGAGAGAAAGACACACUCCGCAACCAUCCUGGAAUUAAGGAAGCCAUCCCAGCUUCUGAUAGGAACCCGGAAUGUCUUGUUUUUUGGUCCUGCUCUCUGGGGUGAGUCAGCUGGCUUGCACCAGUGCCAGACCAAAAGAUGCUCAUUUUUAGGUUCCACACUCUCGCAUGAUUCACCUGUCUCCCACAAGAGCUCGGGACCAAAAAACAAGCUCCCUGAUUUUUCUCGGUGGGAUGUUGGAGGGUAUGGAAAGAGAGGUUGUGUCCCAAGGUGCUUAUAGGGAAAACAAAUGUUUUGGGGGUGAGUGAGAAGCAAGGGUAACCAAAGGACCAAGAAUAGCGAGAAAUGGAAGAAGUGAAUAAAUGAGAUGCCUAUGAGCAAGUGAUAUCUGUUUUGGCUUUGUUUCAUUGGAGGAUGAGGACUGAGGCAGUAAACCAAGUGCUUCGAAGAAGAUGUAGAUUUUUUAAGAAGAAUCUGAAGGAGGGAUGAGUAAAAAAUCUUGUGAUUCCUCCGAUCCUCAAGAGUCUUGUCCUCCUGAUCAUGUGUACUAUAGUCAAGUUUCAACUGUUGGCUUUACAUCACCCUUUUCUCCCUUGGUCUUGCUCUCCAAAUUGCUCUGAUCAGUCGCCAGUACACUGGGGAAUGGACUACAGGUAUAUAACACCUGGGAUUAUAUGCCUGCACUAAUUCUGGUGAAUAGGUUCUCACUUCCCAUUUCUCACAUACUGUCACAGUUGCUUUGUCUAGGGAUGCAAGAUGAACUUUAUAUCUUGAAAAUGAAGCUGUUGAUUUAGUUCAGGGAGCCCUUAACGUGCAUUUGAGAUUUCUUAGAGCUAGAAUAAUAUAAGAGAACCUCCUUCCUUAUAACAGUAACCAAAGAUCAGUUUUUCAAAGCCAAAUUCUAUUGUUUCACUGAGUGACAGCACAGGGCUUCUCUGCCAGUAGGGAUUGUGACUGGAACUUGAAUAUGCACUAAAUUUUGCAUGCUAUUAAAUAAAAAAUAGAGUUUUGCUCCUUCCAGGUUAUCCUUUGCCCAGAUCCUUUAUUAUGCAGAUCAGAGACUUCUGUAUUUCCUACACAAUCUAAAUAAUAACCUUUAAAAAACUAGUUUGUACACAAAUGAUCAAAACAAAUGGGAAUAUGAGAAAAUUAUUCAGGAAUCUUCAGCAAUAUUUGACUUUAUAUAUUAAUUGGUUUAAGAAAGGAGAAAUUAAUUUGGACCAAAAGCAUAAUGGCUAACAACAUAAUUCCUCACUUGAUGAAGGAAAAGUUUGCAGAGAUGUUUUUCUAAAUGUGAUGCCAAUGCCUUUUUAAAAUAAUUGCUUCCCCCACUGCUGCUUCUUCCCCAGAUUGUGCUAAUGGGGACUAUAGCUUGAUUUCUCCAGGUGGAAAUAAAUUCAUAGCUAGAGUUUGUUUGUCACUGAUUGGAGUUAACUUUGCCAAUAUGAAUCUGGGGAAAACAAUAUGAGGGAGCGGCAUCUGAAUCAGGAAAGUCCAUGCAGGACCCAGACGGAUGCCCAGAUGCAGUGGUGGGUUGCAUGAGGGAAAAUAAGUUGAGUUUGACUCCUGGCAAGGCAGAGCCUCUGAGGGUGAGUGGUUACCGUGCCUCAGAUAUAGGCCAGCUGCCUGCCCUGGAUGGGGUUGUAUUCCUCUGAAGGAGCAGCUGUGUAAUUGGGCAUCGCUCCUGGAUCCAACUCUGUUGUUCGGAACACCUUCCACUAGAAGUGCAGAAGCAGUGACUGUUCUUCUGAUGGAAUGGCUUGAUCACAGUAGUUCAAGCACUGGUAAUUUCAAGAUUGAAUUAUUAUGAUGCACUAUGUGUGGGGCAUCUCUUGUGGUCGGUACGGAAGCUGCAGUUUCUGCAGAAUGCUGUAGCUCGAUUACUGACAGGAGUAAGAUCUGGCCAGGAGCAGUGGUGCUGCAACAGGGGGCGGUGUGUGUGUGUGUGUGUGUGCUUCGCCCCGGGUGCCAUGUCUGGGGGGGUGACAAGAAGGCACCCCAUGGGGGCUUGUCCAGUGGCGGCGGCGUGAGCAGCCAUCGCGCCGCUGCAGCUGCAUGUGGAGGAUCCUCUGUUCGUGGCUGCAGCUGCAAGCAGAGGAUCCCAGCGCAGUCAGCAAACCGCUAUGUACAGCGCAUGUGCAGUGUCGUAUGCAUGCACUGUAUGUAGCGAUGCCGCACAUGCAAUGUACAGCGCGGUUUGCCAUCGGUGCCGCUCGAACGCCGUACGGACGGUGGUGGGAUCCCUCCAUUGUCGCUAUAGCCACAUGUUAAGGAUCCCAGCACCGUCCAUAUGGCACCGGAGCAGCGCCACCGGCAAACCACUAUGUACAGCGCAUGUGCGGCAUCGCUACGCACGGCGCAUGCAUCAUAUGUAGCUAUGCCGGACAUGCGCCCUAUGUAGCGAUGCCUGCCCCGGGUGUCACAACGCCUUUGUUCUCCCCUGGCCAGGAGAUUACAUCUGUGCUUAAAGAUCUGCACUGCCUGCUGAUUUGCUAGGAGCCAAAGCUCAAGGUCUUACAUAUAAAGCCCUUAAUAGCUUGGGACCAGUUUACCUGAAGCAUGGCUUUGCGCCCUGUGUGCCUCACUCAGAUCUAUGAAACUUGGACUCUUGCAAGGACUGCACCAUACAAUGUUCACUCUACAUCUGUAGGAAGGUCAGCUUUCAGUUUGGUCCUCUGGACCUUCCCACCUUCAUUAUGCUGUUGUAGACAGCUGCUAAAACCCAUUUUGUUUUGGCAAGUCUAUUUGGACAUGUAAAUGAGCUAUGAAUACCUGUUUUAAAGUUUUGCUGAUUUUUAUUUUUAUAUUGAUAAUUGUUUUAUUCUCUUCUAUGGUAUACCACUUGAGGAUUCUUUAAUAAAGCAGACAGCUUGUACAUUAUUCUAAAUAAAAAGAAAUAAGGGAUGGCUUACUACAGUGUAAACACUCUCUGAAAGGCAGAGAAAGACACACGAUCAUCCUGUGUGCUAUCCAAACAGUACAGAAAUGACAACUAUUGCAUAGAAAGUGACCUCAGUCCCUUUUCCCCCUCACGGAACUACAAUUCCAAUGGUCAAUCCCUCUUUCCAGGGAAUUCUGGGAAUUGUGAGUGGAAAGGGGGUCUCUUUACAGCUCUCAGCAGCCUUAACACACUACACUUUCCAGGAUUCACUGGGGGAAGCUGCAACUGUUUAAAGUGGUAUGAUUUUGCUUUAAAUGUACAGUGAAGAUGGAGCCUUAGAAGUAAAUCCAGCAUGAUUUUUCCGGGCAUUCUGGGUUUAAAAGAACCGGGUUACAUGCAGCUUUGCUCGCUAGGUGAACGGGUGAUGUUAGCUUCGUUCCUUUCCAGUGCUUAUCCAAGGAUUGCCUUUUAAGUUAUUCCAGAGCUAUGCAUUGCAGUCCUGUGCAUAUUUACUUAGAAGUAAAUCUUCCUAAUUUCAAUGGGACAGCUCCCUAGAAAGAAUGCACAGGACUGUAGCCUUGUGGUUAGAAGAUGUGUAUAGUCAAAACACGGGUAUUCCCCUCUGACCAUGUUGUAAGAGCAUUCUCCUCCUCAUUUGCUCACUUUGGGUUAAAGAAGAUGACCUUUUGUUUUGCUAGAUGGUGCCUUUUUGAAGAGAUGCCUUUAGAUUUGUUUUCCUAGUGGCAUAACUUAUUUUCACUUACUUAUGCUUUCCAUAGCCAGCUAAUUAUAUUGACAGGUUGAAAUUAGCAUCAGACAAUCUGAACAAGAUACUGACAGUCCCAGAGAUCAUGACUGUAUCACACAUAAGGAAGAAUGAUAAAAAAUUGGGAACAGCACCCUAACACCACUUCUUGCCCCAAUACAACACAUUUAGAAAUGGGGGGUUAUUCAAAUCCCUAGGCAUGGACUAGUGGGCCUUCUCUUUUUUUCUCAGGGCUGAAACCAAUUGCCCCUGUGCAGGGCGGGGGGUAGCUGGGAACACUUGCCCCAGGCUUUGGAGGGCUGAACUGUCCGGACUCCCCCACCCGGGGCCUGAGAGGCUUACGCUGCCCCGCCCUGGGCUUCAGACAAGCUCUGCCUGGACCUGCCCUCUAGCUUGCAUAUAAAUUAGAAGACUAAAGCCUUCAGAAAGCACGGGGAGGGAGUGGAGCAAUUGCACAGAAAAGGAACCAGGUGGCCCCCAUUUGACACUGCAAAGAUUAGAUCAAGGUGCCUUACAUUAGAUGCUUUCAUUUUUUUUAAUUCAUCGCUGUGCACUUUUAUUUCUAACCCUAGCCUCAAGGAUGAUGCCAGCCUUGUUCUGUGAUUUGUCCCCUUUUCCUCCUCCAGAUGUCCAAAUGGAUUCUUCGGACAGAGAUGUUUGGAGAAACAGCCUUUGCGAUUGUACAUGCCAGAUCCUAAGCAAAGUAUGUUUGAAGAAAAAAAUUGCACCAUACUACUUAUAAUCUCCUGGGUACAGCGCUGGAUUUAGAAUGGCAUAGUGAGGGUGUUCUUUUGAGUUAAGAUCUGGGUUAAGGUUUAGGGUUGCAGGUAAGGGACCAACCCCAGGCGCACCAGAGGAGAAAUCUCGAAAGGGAGCUGAUUUGGCAGCAGAAAGAGCCUCGUUUCAGUCUGUUUGGAUGUCAUGCUAUCUUGUUUCUCUCUCUUUCUGGUUUUCUUUCUUUUGUUAGGUGUCCGAACGAAUUCACAGGGGACCAGUGUCAGAACUUCGCAAUGGCCAGCUUCUCCAGUAUGUCUCUUUCCACUUCUCUCUUUCUCUGUUUUAUCAUAACACACUGUGUGACACCUUUAAAGCAGCUCUUUUCUGAAUAGGAACCUUCACUUUCCUGCUUUGUGCUUCAGUUGUUAUUGCUCCUGAUUCUAAUCUGAACAGAACUCACCACUGAUGUAUAGUUCAGGCAAAAUCUAAAUGCAGCAAGGAAUGAGGCUGUGUACGCAUUGUCAUUUAUUCUGGCUCCAGUGUGCUCCUGAAUCUGUGCACAGGCAAUAUUACCCACAAUGUAGAGCUAUCCUGUAGUUGGUUGAGAAAUAAUGCUGUUUGAUGCAUUUGGUCUCAACACAGCUUAAAUCUGAAAGCAAAACUUAAGCCACAUUCACUUCACAUUUCAGCUGAGGUGUCUGUGUUUGUGAGAGCAAUUGCACAUGUGUGUGCUUCAUGAAUAGUAAUUUGGGGAAAAUUUACCGGGGCUGGGAAAACAAAACAGGUUAAUGAACACUGAAUGAAUACAUCCCUACCUCACCUCUCGUGUGUACAGCAAAAUGCAAAAGCAACUUGAAACACAGUAGGAAGGAAGCAACUGCAGCAUUGCUAAUGUGUACAUAGCCUGAGUCCAGUUAAUCUGUGAGCUGCCCUGAAAGUGUCCAGCCUGCAAGGAGGUCAUUAGUUCAUUAUGUCACAAAGCAUAAUGCAAGGCGAUCGUUCUUCUUGUCCUCAGAGCUAUAACAAUUUGGCAAUUAGAUGAAGAUUGCGCCUAAGUCUGAACUUUAAAAACAAGUCCAGUUUUAUUCUAAGGGCACUCUAUGAUGGCAACAGAGGAAGUGACUGCAGCUAAAAAGACAUGGAGAGAACCAAAGUUCUCUGCUGCCAUCAAAUGACCCUAUAAUGUGUCAGUGUUGCCGAUCUGAGGACUAUAUGAUGCCAUUUUGUAUCAAGACAAUGACACUAUUAGUAACCCAACCUGUAGCCAUACCUGUGUUGACCCAUCUGUUCCCAAAUGCCUGGCAGCUAGCGUAAAUCCCUUGUGCCAGCAUGGGGACCCUGCAGCUCAGGACCACUGAGCAGCGAUCCACAGAACCAGGACAUCCUGUUAUUUGAUUUUCCAGAAGUGUUGUUCACUAUGAAGUAUGGGUGGGUGGCUGCUUUUUUACACAAGUUUGAAAAAAAAUUGGAAGUCUUUGCUUUCAGACCCAAAUUUGAUAUUAUAGUUGAUACCAAAAAGCUGGGGAAAUGUAGGUAACAACAAAAACAAAUUUUGAAAAAAGCAUGUUUUGGACCUUCCAGUUUCACCUCUGCUGGAUUUGCUGCUCAACGCCUUAAAUGGCACUGCAGCCUAUCACAAUGUGCCUUGCAUGGUAAAAUGAGGACUAGGUGGAAGGGUAGCAAUGGCUAUAAAGGGAGGAUGGCUGGUGAGCAUACUGCCUGCUGCACAAGCUUGUGUAUUGGCUUCUACACGAGGAAGUGCACUUUGGAAUAUUGGUAUCGGGUUUCAGGAUGUGGCCUCCGCCCUCCCCCCAUUUUCACUACUGGUGGUUUUUAGUGGAUUGGGGGGAUAUAAAUGUUUAAAUAAAUGAUAUUUUCUGCAUACAUGGCUAAUUUCAUUGCAAUGCAACCUUCUUUGAACAAAUGAUGCUUAAGAACAGUGAUGCUCUUGCUUUUAAGAGCUUAGGAUAGGAAUUCCGGCCAUAUAAGUCCUACACUAUGUCAUAAAGAGUAUUCAAUAAUCUGAGCCUUACGAGGUUUUGUAAACUAUAAACUAAACCAAAACAAACACAAAACCCAAUAAAAUAGUUUUAAAGUUCCAACAGAAUACUUCCACUCGUGCAAGUAAACACGAGUCUAAACAUAUGCAUGUUUAGUUGGUACCGUAGUCAUAUGCAGGACUAUUUUUUCCUAAAUUCCGCGGUAGUUUAGUUCAAUGGGGGAGCAUCUGUUUUGCAUGGAGAAGGUUCCAGGUUCAGUCUUUCGCAUUCCUAGGUAGGGCUGGGAAACCCUCCCCUCUGGAAACCCUGGCUAAUGCCAGUCACGGCAGACAAACCUGAUGGAUCCAUGGUCUAACACUGUGCACAAUCUCAGUCCGGGAAGACUGGGAAGGUUUUAAAUGAAAAAUCAGGAGAAUAAUUUUUCUCUUACUUGGCCAGCCCAGAAGGAAAAGCGGAAGCUUUGGAAAAAUCAACUUUUUAUAAGAGGAAAAUGAAAGAUCCCUAAAUGAGAGGGAGCCCUAUUUACCGUAUUUUUUGCUCUAUAAGACUCACUUCCCCCCCCCCAAAAAAGUAAGGGGAAAUGUAUGUGCGUCUUAUGGAGCAAAUGCAGGCUGAGCAGCUAUCCCAGAAGCUAGAACAGCAAGAGGGAUUGCUGCUUUCACUGCACAGCAAUCCCUCUUGCUGUUCUGGCUUCUGGGAUUCAGAAUAUUUUUUUUUCUUGUUUUCCUCCUCCAAAAACUAGGUGCGCCUUGUGGUCUGGUGAGUCUUAUAGAGCAAGAAAUACGGUAAAUGAACAAUUGCCCUCACCAGAAAAAACUUAGACUCUCAGUUGUGAGUGAAACUGAGGGGCGGGGAUUAAGAUUUUGUCCCCUUUCAAGUUACAGACAGGAGUAGCAUUCCAUUUAUUUAUUUGUUUUGUAAUGCAAGGCUAAAGAGGAGUUUGCUGAAAUGCAGGAGCAACGGUAAAAGUAACAUUUCCAUAGCAGUUUCUUUCAUACAGCAAUUUCUAGAACACUGUUAGAGGUUUUCUAAUAUUAUACAGGAUGCAGGAAAAUAAAAUUUGUGGAUUAUGUGAGAGGAAACAUAAAUCCAAAAUAUUACUUGAAGGGGGGCAAGAAUGAACCUUGAUUGUUCUCUAAACCUUGGACAACCAUUUCAUUUAAUGAUUGUUUUAUGAAACUGCUUUGCAAUCUUUGUUUCAACACGAAGCCUCGGUUUACGGAACUGUAGCUCAAGGAAAGCAUUAGUUAACUGUUACUUCAAAAUAUUUUUAAGAGUUGAUCUAGUGCAACAUCUUUCUAGAAGUGUUCAGUAGAAAUGUAAAUCAGAACGAAAUAAAAGGAGCAAGCAGGUAAAAUAAAAAGCCUCUUUCCUUCACAUAUCAGUUAACAUAGACUAUAAUGAGGCCAGAGGCCUCAGGUAGGUUUAAUAGACCUGGGGGUGGAGAAUCUUAUGAAGAAAAGGAGGGCCAUAUUUGAGUUUCCUUAGACCACAAUCUGACUAGUUUACACACCUACCUGGAGAAGGCUAGGACUGCAUUCCAUAAAACAGUUCAUUUUAGGACACCCUUGUUUUCAUCAGAGAAAUGUUGGAGGGUAUGCAUUUAGCUAUCACAUAUCUUCUCUGUAACAGUGACCAAGCCUUUAUUUUUAUCAUGGCCCACAUAGUGCAAAGAAGAGCCAGAAGAUGCUAUCUCUAGGCAUGCAUGGUCUAGAGAGGGUGGUGGGUUCUUUAAAAUCAUAUUGUGGGAAACCUGGGCUCAAAAGAGGGCUUUUGCAUUCCAGCCAUGUACCUCCAAAUGCUUCCUUGUUAAAAUUCAAAAAUCACAAUUUCCUUAUGGUUGCCUCAGUUUCUCAUAUUAAGCCCCCAAACAGCUGUUUCUCUAGCACUGCAGUGUGCUUGUUAGGUUAAAAGGUGUCAAAUACAGAGGCCAAUUAGUACAGUAGAUUAAAAAUAGGGCUCUUUAUUGGAAAGAUCAGUUAACAAUAUAAAAUACAAGAAGACAUUCCUAAGAAAUUAUCUAACCCAUAGAGGUAGGGCCCAAACCUUGAUAGAUUCAGAGUUUAAAGUCAAAUAAGGACAUAAGAAGCAAAUGACCAGCCUCCAUACCUUUAAAGCACAUUUAAUCAGAAAACAGGAAGAGCAGACUAGAAAUUAUCUCCAGCAGCAAAAUCUCCAAAGAAGCCAAUAGAAUCUGUAAAUGAUUUUCCCACUGCUGGUCUAACCAGUUCCCCUCCAGUGUGUUUGUAGGCAAAUUGGGCAGCGAUCAGCUAAGCAGCAGGGGAAGUGGUAGUUAUCUUCAGGUAGAUCGUGUCCUCCCUCAAAGAGGUGAGACCUGGAGACCGACCUCCUGUGUUGUAGGUGGGUAAGAUUGGAUAGCCACAACACCCGAUUGGUAGGUCCCUCGAUGUUGGGUUUAAUCUGGCCAAUGGGGCGCAGUCCAAACGGAUCGAGGGACCUAUAUAUACCCAUGCAUGUGACCCAGAACUUCCUCUUUCAGCUCGUGCAUUUGGAACACCAGCCCACCUCUCCCUACUUUUAGGGCAUUUUUUGCAAUUGACCUUGCUAUGCCAUCGUGUGUCGUCUGUCAUUGGGACAGGGGCACAGCAGGAAUUUUCCCCACUUGGCUGAUUGGCUGUUGCCAUUUGGGUUUCACCUGCCGCGUAGCAAAUCAUCACAACUUGUAAGGUUGCGGAUAGGCACUGGUUCAGGUGAUAGGGAUGGGAGAACGGUCUCACCAUCCCUAUGUGAAGGGUCUUCUGUUAAAGGAAUCCAGGGACUCAACUUGGUUUGGUCAACCCCCGAGAGGGGUUGCCUGAGUCCAGGGGAGCAUCUGGAGGGUGAACAUAGUCUGUUCCUGGCUUUUUGCCUACCCAGGUGUUCACCCUUGGCUGACCUAUGCUGGUGCCCUGGGUCAGCGCUACCUGCGAAGGUACAGGGAGCUAGUCAAACCGGAGCCUGUGCAACCACUCACUUUCUGUAAUCAAUAAAGUUGUGGCCUAAAUUCUGCCAAGAACCAAAACUAAAAUUUUAGUCGAAUGUGUCUUUAUUUAGGGGGGAGGUCUCUGGGUCUGAACACACAAAAGCAAACACCUUACUCUUCAUGAGUGAAGCUCCUAUACAAAUAGCAAGAUGCUCCAGGGUAACUGCGCCCUGAGAAUGGAGGUCUUCCACAUGACUGUCAUCUGUUAAGUGCUAAGAAAGAUGAUUGGGGCUGAGAAAAGAAGGUAAUGUGAAGGAUAAGUUUUUAGUGAGCAGAAUAACUGAGUUUGCACAAUGCAUUCAAUAGUUACGUGGCAGAAACAACUUUCCAGCGAAUGGGUGAAUUUGUAAGCGGUUUAAACUUUCUUUUAAUCUGAGGAGGGGUUGAUUCCAUAAUUUAUUUAUAUUUUGAAAAAAGAAAUUGACGGAAUUAUGUAAGCCCUCUGAAGGAAGGUGACAAAAUUUAACUUCGAUAAUAGCUGUUGAAAGCAUUUCACACACAUUGCCUGAGUAAUUUUUACAUCAAACCUAUAUAUGGUAGGCCAUUUUAUUAUUAGUCUUGUAUGAUCCCUCUUUUAUUAUUGACUUCAGAGUUGUCAAAUAGGUCAGGAAGUGUGCCAGGCAUACCAUCCAGUCUGUUAUUGUUAAAAUGAAGGGGAGGGUCUUAAAGCCGAGGAAGAACAGCUUGCAGCAGUGCUGGCUUUUAUCGUAGAUGGAAAAUGGAGUGAAUCUGUGGCAGAGAUCUGAAAACAAAAACCAGCAGAAAUUACUUGAGGAAGGGAACCAAGUCACAAUAUGGAUUUCUUUGCGAGAAUUUAGCGUAUCAAAACCAAUGACAAAUCUUAAAGAUAGGAAAUGAAGACAUAUAUGACUUGAGUAAUGUAAUCUUGCUCUCACAUGCACAUAGCAUCUUUCCGCCCUCUUCCACCAUGAAGUAGCAGCUGCAGCCGCUCCUCCCCUAUCUUGACUGUGUCCUGGUAGGUGAGUCAGGGGUUUCCCUUCCACACCGUUCUUCUCAUAGGCAGCUGGCUCACUGAUUCUUAUAACAUUACUAUUAUAUUAUUAUACAUUAAUACAGAUCCAUUUUGUAAAGUGCCAAGUACAUUGUUUCACAGGCAACAAUAAAAAGGUCCCUGCCUCCAAGGUACUCUAGGCUCUAAAGGAUCCUCUGAAGUUUCCAGUGUAUGCCAUUAUAAUGGAAAUGUUCCAGACAGGGAUGGAGCUGUGAUGCUCUUCCUAUGAGGAUGCCCGACUAGAGAGGUUGCCUCUUUCCCCAGGCUUGUGGUAUUGGCUCCCUGAUGAAGAAUUGUGUAACUCACUUGUUUGGUUUUUCUGCAGUCUGAAUGUAUCCUCAGACCAUGUUUUUCAAACUUUGAGUUAGGGUCAAACCUUCUUGAAUUGGGAUUCUUUUUUCUUUCUUAAAAACCCCCAAACAGCAGUAGUUUUGUGAAAAGGGUCUGGGCUUCCUCAAACUCAGACCUCCAGAUGUUUUGCGUCCCUGACCACUGGUCCUGCUAGCUAGAGAUCAUGGGAAUUGUAGGCCAAAAACAUCUGGGGGGCAGAGUUUGAGGAAGCCUGGAACCCUUAACCACUCCUGCACAUGCCAAUAGUUCAAAUCAUUAUUCCUCCAUUACCCACCCAACCUCAUGACUGUUGUUAAUUUUUAAAAGAAGGAGAACCCCCAGUAUGGGACUCAAAUAUUUGCUUAACAUCACUAUCACUUCUGGUUUCAUACUUAGAUUUUUGUAUUUGCUUUUAAGGUUGUUUAAAAAAAAUCAUUCUUCAUCUCCCUGCACUUUAAAACUUGGGAAGUUCCCUGUGGCCAGUUAUCGGAGAAGACAUGGAAUGGUUAAAACACCCUGAUCAGCCAAAAAGAAGAGGAAAACAUCAGAUAUCAAUAAGCAUCCCAGGAGUUAUAUGCAAAUAGCCUUGGUCACAAUCUGUAGAAGCCUGAAGGGAGAUGGCUGGUGCUCAGGAUGCUGCUGAAAUUUUAGCUUACCUAAAGGCAGGAGCUUGCUUGUGGUGGCCCCAUCUUAAUUGAUAUGAUUACCAAGUGUACACCUUGGGGCUUCAACAAAAUGGCCAGCAUUUACUCUCUCUGUCCCCUUGCCACAGGUUUUCCUUAACAUUCAAACUGAAGAAGAGUUCUGGAGAACUCAAAAGUUUGCCCACUGUGAUUAUUGGAUUUGCUAAUCAGCUGAAAUUACUGUACAGUGGUACCUCGGGUUAAGUACUUAAUUCGUUCAGGAGGUCCGUUCUUAACCUGAAACUGUUCUUAAUCUGAAGCACCACUUUAGCUAAUGGGGCCUCCAGCUGCCACCGUGCCGCCGGAGCACGAUUUCUGUUCUCAUCCUGAAGCAAAGUUCUUAACCUGAGGUACUAUUUCUGGGUUAGCAGAGUCUGUAACCUGAAGUGUAUGUAACCCGAGGUACCACUGUAUAUGAUUUUAUGUCUCCUGUGUGCUGGGGAGUCAGUGCAGUCUUAUUGGCCACUAACAGAAUGUAAGUUAAAAAAAACAAGCCUUCAGUCAGGAAUAGGACAGGGAAUAAAAUGGAUUCAGUUUGCAUUUAAAGCGUUUAUCAAAUUUGCCCUUUCCAAAACAUUGUAGGAACCGAAACACGGCCAUCCAUCAAAAUUCUCAUUUAUUUACUAUAUAUGAAAUAUGCAGUUCUCCAGCCAAACAACAUUCACAAAUAUGCGUACAUAUUUGUGAACAAAGUGCACAUAAACGUUAUAUUUGUGAAAAUAACAUACAAAAGGUGCAUCAAUUUAGAUAAAAUUGCUUGCGAAAAUUUGUACAUUAGUCAAAACUGCAUGUUAAAAUGUGUUUAUGGGGGGUGCACCAAAAUGCUGAAGAAUUUUCAAACCUUAAAGAAAAUCACAAAUUGCAGCAGAAAUGUGGAAAUACGAAUUUAAGAUUGAAAAAAUGAAAAAUUGAGAGAACUGAGAUUGAUAGAUUCUUCCAACCCAAGUCAGGAACAUUGAAUCUGUACUUUCAUUUCCUCUACUUUCUUUUCCUUUCUCCGUUUUCUGUAUUGGUUGAGUUAUUAUGCACAAAUAAUAUUAGACUAUAACUUUUAUUCUUUCCUUUGGGCAAUAAUUAUAUUUCUGGGCAUAAUUAAUUGCCCUUUUUCAUUUCUCCUGUUGUGUGGAUAAUGCAAACUGCUAUCCCAAACCAUUAAUGUUUAUAAGAGAUAACACUAUUUCUUAAAUGAUUCUUGGUGUUCAUAAAUGAUUUCUUAAUUUAGUGCAGACUGUGGAAAAUGCCUUACAGCUUGAUCUUAACCACAUUCACUUGGAAGUAAAUUGAUUUCAAGAGGACUUACUUUGAAGUAAAUGCGUUUAAGAUUCAGCUGAAAAUGUCUUGCAUAAAUUUCAUUUCGUUGCAGAUGUAAUGGUAUGUCCUGUUAUGCUUCAGUCCUUCAGAAGUUGUUCAUUUAAGCUGCAGUCCUGUACAUGCUUACCUGAGUGGAAGUCACAUUGAACUCAAUGGGACUUACUUUUGAGUAGACAUGCAUAGGAUUGUAUUGUUACUGCUAUAUAUUGUCAUAGGCAUGUAUGGCAGUAAAAAAGGGUUGUAUACAUGUGCAAAUCUACUACCUCAAUGUUGCAACAAUAGUGAGAAGGAAAGAUCUCUUUAGCAAGAAUACACCUAUACUUAAAUAAAAGUAUAUGUGAUAAAUGCCUAUUCUAAAAUCAAAUUCCAGGUGCCAAUAGACAUGCUUGCUUUUGAAAAAGCCCUUAUUAAUUACCAUUGCAGAUCUAGCUAGGCAUUCUUUUAUAUGGAAUGUUUUAAAAAUAAACUGGGGGUGACAGUUCUGUAUGCUUUGAUGCUUCUCUUGUGAUUUUGAAAGCUGAUGUAUUUUAUGUUUUUUUUUAAGUAUUUUAAAAUAUUUGGUAAUCUCUCCCACCAACCUGUUUCUCUUUUCUCCUUUCCUUCUCUGUUCUCUUUCUGCACUGGCAGAGCACCUGGGAUUAGAAUUGAAGGGUAUGGACUCAACCAUUCAUUUGUUAACCAGAUACCAUUACGAGCUGCUGACAGUCCUUCAUAUUGUAUUUUGAUAGCUUCAGUGGGAUGGUUUUAAAAAUCAGUUGUUCUGUUCAUUGUUCUGGCACAAAUUGGGCCAAACAUAAUACCUAAAAUUACACUAAAGGAAUUAAAUCCUAAAUAAUCUGCAUGGGUUUAUUGCAGCACUUUCCCCACUCGCCUUAGUGGGAAACGUGUCUACCUCAGGUGACAUUAGUGGGCUGCAGAGACUGGUCUUUGUCAAUUUUCACUUCCGUGCUGCAUUAUGUUUGGAUGUAAACUGAAAAAUUGAUCGUGUCAUUCUGGAAAACCAUCGGCUUGUAUAGUGGGAGCAGUGGACAAACAUUCCAGUAAGGAAAAGGUUGGUGUGAAAGAAAUUAGGAAGUUGCAGCAAUUCUACAAAGCUACCCUGGCUCUGAAAAAAUAAUCAUGGAAAAGUCUGCUUUUAUUUUCGCCUCUGCCUCACCCCAUUAUAUUCCUUGUUCGUUUGGAAGGAAUCAAUUUAAAAUGAUAGAGCUAGGGAGGUCAGGAGGAACUCUUUGUUGCUGAACUACAAUUCCCACCGAAGAUGGCCAGUGGCCAGGGAUUAUGGAAGUUGUAGUUCGACAACAUCUGGAGGACCAAAGGAUGCCCAUCUCUGAGGGAGGCAUAUGUUGAAAUGUAAGGCCCCAUAGCAGCCCGGUCCUAUUUCACCAACACUAGUGCUAGGUUUAGAUGAAACCUACAGCUGUUCUGAAUAUGACACAAAAUAAGAUGAAACCAACAGCUGUUCUGAAUAUGACACAAAAAAAGUAAAACCUUGGGUGGUAGGUUUCUGGGUUGUACCACUUCCAAUAUCAAGUAGAGGGUAUAUUUAGCCUUUAAAAAAUACACAAUUCACUGCAUAUACUGGAUUUAAGGCUGAACUACAUGUUUAAGAAGGGAUGCGGGUGGCGCUGUGGGUUAAACCACAGAGCCUAGGACUUGCCGAUCAGAAGGUCGGCGGUUCGAAUUCCCGCUACAGGGUGAGCUCCCGUUGCUCGGUCCCAGCUCCUCCCAACCUAGCAGUUUGAAAGCACAUCAAAGUGCAAGUAGAUAAAUAGGUACCGCUCCGGCGGGAAGGUAAACGGCGUUUCCGUGCACUGCUCUGGUUCACCAGAAGCGGCUUAGUCAUGCUUGCCACAUGACUGUGGAAGCUGUACGCCGGCUCCCUCAGCCAAUAAAGCGAGAUGAGCGCCGCAACCCCAGAGUCGGUCACGACUGGACCUAAUGGUCAGGGGUCCCUUUACCUUUACAUUAUAUGUUUAAGAGAGAUUUAUGAAGGGCUCUUCUAACAUACAUUUUCUGCUGGUUAUGUGUAGUAGCAGGCCAGGGAGGAUUGGGUUCAAACAGUGGCAUUGGGGAAGAGAAUAGCCAACUUUUUUUGUCUCUGAACAGUUUUUGUCAUCUAAAUUGCUGCCAGGUCCUCUUUGCUGAGGAGAAAAUACAGAUAAAAUACACUUUGGGUCUUAACGCCUUAGACAGAAAGUGAUGCUGAACCUUUCUCUCCAGUAUGCUAGUUUCCUAUGUGGAAGGAGAAUUUUGUAUAGGGAAACAUCCAAAAAUCUCCCCCAUCUCCAAGUGGUACAUGCCAGAAUUCUAUCACCCCUGCCCACCAUAGGAGUGGCCUUCACAGAGCGCAUGAUGGAAUAGUGUGAAAGCACUUACUGGACAUGCCCUUUAAAGGUGGAGUGUUCCAUGUUAAUGAGAACUGCACAUGCAACUGGAAAAUCAGGAUUCCCAGCUGUACAUGCAUAGAGACCCUUUCUCACUAACGCUUGAUGCUGCGUUGUCACUGCUGGGUGUGUUUUGCCUAUGUGUGGUGGCAUUCAUUGAAUGCAAGAGGGGCUAGUUUGAAAGCCACCCACCCUUCCCCUCCGCUUAUUCUGCAUCAUGUGUAGAAUGACUCUUGGGAAGAAGUACAUGAUCCCAUUGCCAGAGGGACUGCGCUGGGGUCUGAAUGCAUAAAAAGCUAAACUUGGAGCAUAUCAGCAGUUUCUGUAGGAGGCUAUAAAGCCAUCCCUGAUUAUUAUCAGCCCUGUCGUCUAACCAAUGAUCUGCUUCCUGCUUCUUUCCUCAUUCACUCAAUAUAAUAGCAAAAACAGCUUGUUGUGUUGCCACACUGCUGUAGUAAUUUCCAAGAAGAAACAAUUUCCCAUGCUUAAACUUAACAAACAGAAAAACGUGCUCACACGUAUUCAAAGCUAGAUAUCGUAUCCCAAACAUCUCCCUCUGAGUAUCCUCCUUGUUUCCUAUGUUCUACUAGCUUCAAGUGAGGUUUAUGAGGCUGGUUUAAAAACAAACAAACAAAUCCUUCCACAUAUUUCAGGGCGGGGAACCUCCCAGUUUGGCGCAUAAGGCUGUUUUCCCCCAAAUGAUGCCCUCUGGCCUCAUAUCUGAUGUCUUUUCCCAUGGGGAACUCAGUUGCACAGAUGGCAUCCCUGGCUCGGUUGGCCUUGGGAAGAGGUGAGGACAGGGCAGGGUGAAGCAGUGAUACCCAAACACCCAGCAAACCUCCUGGCUAUCGGGUGCUUGGGUGGUGUUGGCCAAGGGACCUUGAUAGGCAGCUGGGUCAUACCUGUGCUUGAUGGACACAGCGGUUAUUGGAAGCACCCUCAAGUCCCCUUCCUUCUGCCUUGCAGCUAAAUCCAUGCUCCACAGGUUUUCACAUAUUCCCUCCUCCUCUUGGCUAUGUAGCACUGACACACGAAUGAAGCCAGUGAAAAAUUAUAAAAGCAGAAGAAUAUAGAAAGGAAAUUACUAUAACAUCAGGUGUCUCAGGAGAAGCACAUGUCUUUCAAGCCUCAAUGACAGUGAAAACCAAAUGCUUGUGUUCAGAGAAAGCUUAUAAUAAUACUUUCACUUGUACGAAACUUGGAACUUAGUCCACAGUGCUUGGUUAUCAUUUACCCACACAAUCAGUUUGCAGGACAGCCUAUCUAGGAAAGACAGGCAAGUGCUUUCCAGAAGGAGGGUAUUUAUAGCACUAGAGAGCCUUGGACCCACCCACCCCCCCAAGCCUAUUCCUGUGUGGAGUGUUUGUCCAUGUUUCCAAAUUACUACUGAAUCUUGCAAAUUUUCAUACUGAUAGCACCAAAUGGACCUGUGUGAAUUCAUUAACCACAGUACAUUCUCAUCAGGUGGGAAUAGUAAUAAUAAUAGUUCACAGGGAACAGCUACCUCCCACCCGAUACCAUCUGCUGACAAGAAUGUUGUAAUUGAAGGGGAAAUGUGCCUACUUAUGUAUCAGACCAUAAUUCUCAAUUAUCAGGAGAACCACUUCUGUGAACGAACAAACCUUAUGUAGAAAGUGGCCUUGAAUUGACAGUGCUCCUGAAUAAAAAACACUUUGAAAUGACAGUUGGAAUUGAGGAUUUUUGACAUCCCUACUUAGCUUAAAUUUGUGUUGCUUUUUUAAAAAUGUAUUUCUUUCUAGGCUCACUGUUAUGCAAGAAAUAUCUUUUGCCAUCCUGCCUCUUCUUUUCAGCCCCCCUCCCAGCCAUGUGUGUACCUGUAAUGCUCCGUGGAUGACAUUUCUUCACAUGCACGUGAUUUCCACAUAACAAAUUAUCGCACAAGAUAAUUUGUUAUUUUUAAAAAAUCACAUUCUAGCACAUGCAUGAAAGAGUUACUGGACCCUGGCUCAAAUUUCUUACAAUUUAAGUGGAAUUUCGAGUUGCUGUUUACAUUGCCUCAUAUUCUCAAUGUACAAACCUGUAUAAGUUUACAUGUUAUAAAUUGUUUCAUAGCUAAUUCUUUUUGCUGAACAUUAAGGUCUCUAAUUUCAAAUGAAACUUUGUGAUUCCAAAGUAUUGUCACUACACAGUAAUAGAUAUAACAACAAAUGAGAUUUGCAGCACAGGCCUAGACAUGUCUACUCAGAAGUAAGCUCCACUGAGUUGAAUGAGACUUACUCCUAUCACUAGGAAGAAUUAUAUUCACCAAUCUGAGACUCAACGUUUGAGUUUUUUCCCUUUCUUUCUUUCUUUCUUUCUUUCUUUCUUUCUUUCUUUCACAUCUUGCCUUAUAGGAAACAAACUGAUCCUCCCACGGCAGUUCACAAUAAACAUCAACCUAUGUUGUUGCUGCUGCUGUUUUUUAAAAACCUCACAACCAAGAAACAAUAUAAAACUAUUAAAAGCCAUCAGGAUCCUUCCCACCAGGCAGCUGGUGGUAGAAAAGCCUUGUGGUGGUGAGAUCAGAGGGGGGUAAUCCCAGUUGGAGCAGAUCUGAGGUUGUGGUCAUGGAAUUUAUUUUAUUUUGAAGCAAAGUUAAAAGAAAAGAUCACUAAAGAAAUAAACUCACAGAUAAAUUAUUGUAUUAAAUCUGGCUACUUUUGCAGAGUACCAGGAUUCUUGGGUACAGCACUCAAUAACAACACUCUAUCAUAGUAAUACUUGUUAGCUAUUUGUUGUAGCUGUGAAGAACAAAUUUUCAAACUUUUAGAAAUUACACUAAAUACAGUGAACCGUGUACCAAUAUAAAAGUCUUCAGUGUGUGCUUUCUCUCUCUCUCUAUAUGUGAAACUUCUUCCAUCUAGGCAGUCUCAGCAUAGGGUUGUUCAGGGAAGGAGUGUUUAAAUGUGCAGCAUGAGCAACAGACUGAAAAAUUUCCUGAUGGGCAGCCUUUCUGUUUCUUGCAGCAAAACAUGUUCAAGGCUGCUUCAGAUCCUCUAGUUUCUAAUGAAAGCAAUGUGAAUCUUAGGUCUUCUUUAAAUUGGUAGAUGCCAAGGUUGGGGCAGCCUGAUACCAGUUCAGAUUUCUGGUGUCUAUGAUAUAAAGUCAAAGGAGAUGCUCUGCAUUCUAAAGCCAUCGUCUGCAGUUCAUAUGCCUGUCUAAUAUUGCAAAGUGCUGAAAAUUUAGAUGUGGCUCAGCUGCCAGGGCCCUUGCUGAGAUUUCAAAUUAAAAUGUGGGAGUGGCCUGUAUACUCUUCAAGAGAAUUGGAUCCCCCCCCCAAAUAUAUUUAGUUAGCUAGUUAAUUUAUAGACCACUUCAUAUUUCAGCAGAAAUUUCUAAGCAGUUCACGUGUCACAAAAAAAGGGGUACAGUGGUACCUUGGUUUAUGAACUUAAUCCGUUCUGGAAGUCCGUUCUUAAAUCAAAGCAUUCUUAAACCAAGGCGUGUUUUCCCAUAGCAGCGGGGGACUCAAUUUACAAAUGGAACACACUCAACAGGAAGCGGAACAUGUUCUGCUUCCAAGGCAAAGUUCACAAACCGAAACACCUACUUCCAGGUUUGCAGCAUUCUUAAUCCAAGUUGUUCAUAAACUAAGCUGUUCUUAAACCAAGGUGCCACUGUAUUGGUAUAAGAAAUCAGUAGCUGAAGGUGGCACUACUCACCUGACCUCUCUCUGGCUGAGUCGCUGCUGCAUUCAGGGAUGGCAAGCAGGCAGGGUGAGGCCAACGUGGUACAAACACCAUGGCAGGAGCAAUGGAUUGGCUCCAGCAGCGCAUUUGCACUGCACCAACCUCUCUGCCACCUCUCUGCCCCUCCUCACCCUGGUUCUCAGCAGGAACUCAGCUGGAGAGAGGUCAGUUGUGGUGACACAGCCCCCCAUUCAAAACGAAACUCUGAUGAUACUAUAUGGCUAAUAAUUAUUCCACCUACAGCUCAUCUUUGUAGCAUAGAUCUUUUCCGAUCACAAACCAGGCAGAGAGAAAAGGUUUGGGGACUGGCAUCUACAAACUGGUGAAAAGGCACUUGCUUUCCCUGUUUCCAGCUUUGCAUGUCCUGAGUAUAGAGAGAUACUCUAACAUGUCAAGUGAGCAAAAGGCUUCUCAUCUUACUGGGAUUUGCCCAUUUAAGCUGCUUUGAGCAUUUUGAAAAGCAAGGUAUGGGUUUGAGGGCCUAAUGUGUGCCUGCAAAUCCUGACAGCCAAAGUAUAAACCUCCUGAGUGCUUAUAUACUUGAAAGGUAACACAGUAGUCAAGCCAUAUAAUCCUCAGGUAUAUUCACACCUGAGGCUGAAAGUGAAGUCUACAGUGCCUUUCAGUUCUCUGGCAUCAAAAUGAAUAGCAGGAGAGAGGCUAUAAGGCCUUUAAGCCUGAUAUUUGAAAACACUCUUUUUAAGGCUAGGUUUGAUACCCACUUUUUGGAAUGGAAUUUAAGCUGUAAAUUGCUUAGGAUGUCUUAGAAAUCUUGAUUGUCACAUAGGUCAUUAUUGAAAUUUCCUUCCUGGUCCUAAAGUGGGCACGAGUUUUUCUUUCACCAUUUGUCAGGCAGUAGAUGCCAGCAGUGACAGAUGAUAAGAAUCUCUGGUUUUGGUGCCUUCAUUUCUGAGUGAAGGCCAGAUCCUGAUCCACCCAGCGCCUCUACUUGGUUGGAUGACACACAGAGGACUCUGGGAAGUAAAAGAGGGAACUAUUGUUGUUUUCGUGUGUGUGUUUUUGCUAAAUCCUGAAGGGAGGAGUUCUGUAGAACACCCGGUCAGUUUUCAGAUGCCAGCAAGCCCAAAAGUAAAAUGAAACCACCACUUCACAUAGAACAAUCUCUUCUACACAAGAUCCCUGCAUUGGUGAUAAUGCCUCAUUCUAAGCAUCUUAAUCCCUCUCAGGAUUACUGAUAGCCCCUUCUUAAGACAUGUGUUGGCUUGCAAAAUAUGUUGGAUGGCAAGCAUCAACAGAAGGACACAGAGCGCAGCAGUGAUUUGCCAGUGCAGCCGUGGUACAUCAGCUGCACCAGCAAAUUCACAUUGCAUCACAAAUGUUAAAAGUAGGGCAAAAUGAAAAAUGAAAAGAAUGAAUGCAUCUGAGCAUUUGCUAUAUGCACCGCCACAGAAGGCACAGAACUCAUAAUAUGUUUGAUUGCUAUUCUUAAAUGAAUGGCGAAAGAAGUGAAACAAGUGAACAUGAGUAAGUAAAAGGUGAGAAUAGGUAUAAAUGCUCCAUUCUUGCUGCCUGCAACAUUUAGACUGCAAUCCUAUGCAUGCCUGCUCCAAAGUAAACCUACCGAGGUAAACAGGGUGUGUUUGGAUUGCUGCCUGAUUGCACUGUAGCACACCUUUUAGGCAUAGCUGUCAACCUUCCCUUUUUUUGUGGGAAAUUCCCUUAUUCCAGCGCCGUUUCCUGCUGCUUCACGCUGCUAUCCCGGAUUGUUAGUAUCCUGUAGACUGUCUCCGGGACAGGUGAGGCUGCUGAUCCCUUAUUUUCAAAUCUGAAAGUUGACAGCUAUGCUUUUAGGGCAUAUUAUUUCAUUUAUUGGUUCAAAUUUCACAGCACAGCAAAAGCUUACCUUUCAUACUUUAAAGUGCAUUACUCCUUUAUUCCUAUAGCUGUGUUCAAAUAGAGGAGGUUAGACUCUUAUUGUGGAAUAAAUCAGAAGUUCAUGGGCAGUGACACCCCCCCCCAUUAGCCUCCUUGUUAGUUCAUACCGCUUUUUUGUGAAAUAGCUUUAAAAGUGAAGUAGAAUUCAUAUGGGCUGAAAAGUUACUCUAAGGAUGUGAAAGAAUUGAAUUGAUUUGUAAGACUCUAAAAUAAGGGCCUGAUAAAAAUUUAUGCACAGGUAUGUGCAACAAACUUCAGCUGCUGGUUUGGUUGCAAAAAAACCCCCAAAACAAACCCACACAGAUCCAAAGGGAUCAUUUUCAGUGGGUGAUGAAAGGGUUAAGCAGUCCUCCCUCCUCCUGCUUCUGUGCUCUAAGUUGUCACUUCCUAAAGCAGCUUUUCUGCAACAAAAGCAGCCUUGAGAGUUUUGUGACACUUGUUUGCCCAUGACAUUUGAUUAGGCCUUCAGACAGAGCUUUUCAUGCCAGACAAGGUAACUGCCUUAAAUUAGAAAGUAUGUAUGCAUAUACAAAAAGACAAAAAUGUGUGUGUGUGUAUCUGAUUCUAAUUCUAUAUAAACCAAAAUAUUCCAUAUACCUAAAAUAUGUGAUUACUGCCUAUAGUGAAGGGCUAAUGUACUUCAUUACAAAACUUCGGUUUGGGAGGGGAUCAUUUUCAAGGUCAUAAUCUUCUCUCUUUUAUGAAAUUGUAACUUAAUAUUAUGCAUGUGUACCCAACAAGUGUAACUUGAGAAUUAUUUGGCACAGACUACGAACCAUGCCUUCAUGGAUGUUUGUAAUUUAUAUUGCCUUAUCUGCAGUCAUUCCUUACUCAGACCCUCCAUUCCCAGGGAGACUAUUCAGUCUCUCACCCCAUUCACACUGGGCUGUGCAAGCCUGACCCCCAUCCAAUUCAGGGCGAUCUGGAUCCAGCCCUGAUUAAUUUUGGAUCAAUCUGAGCCCAGUGCAACCUGAUCUGGGACUGGAAAUCAAAACCUUGUGUUCAUGUUCACUUAAACUCUGAAAUCAAAAUGGCCAUUAUUUUUUUGUUUUUUUCACGUAGGUGUAUGAUUUUGGGAGACAUGGUAGCCUCCCAAGAGAGGAUUAGCCUUGCCAAAUUUCAGACAGUCAUUUUCUGCUUGUGUUUAAGUUUGUAUUCCCCCCCCCAAAAAGAAACUAAUUUUAUUAAGACUGUGCUGCACUGAUGUAUGUAAUAUUACCCUGUAUGUGUGCUGCUUGCUCACUGACUGUGUACAAUGAAGUCACAAGACUUAGAGACAAACACAGAAGACUAAGUAUUAAUACAGAAAACAGAACACAGCUGUAAAUAAAAUGCAAACCUAACCUUAAAAACUAGGGCCAAAAUUUGGGGUAGCAGGGAAAACAAUUGGUUAUUUUGUGGAAGGCUGGGACUGGAUUGAUUGGGAAAGGAUGGGAGACAAAUAGGUAUGAGAGAUGCUAAGCCAAUACUUCAGCUGGUAGAGGAGCUGCAACAAGCAAGCCAUUGGCACUCUACUCUCGUAUAAAAUGCCCCAAUGUGAGAGACACAGUUGUUGAAGAACCUCGUUUCAGACAACAUGGAGGCAGAUACGCCAAACAAACAAACAACCAUGACUGGCAUUAGAGACCAGAUCUACCAUUUCUAGGAAAUUUGGUGACUGAGUGGAUGUGAGACAUUGUUAGACCUGGCCUCUAAGAAAAUUAUUUGCUUCUCUGUUGUUUCUCAGUGGGUGAACCUGCAUCUAAACACCACCUGUUCACUCACAGUUGUAGCCCCCCAUUCUUUCCCUGGUUUUUUUAUCUCUCCCAGCUUUUAACCAGGUGUACUUCUGCUCCAAUUGACUUGACAGUCCCUGCAUUUCCUUAAAGCAAAACCCCAACAUGCCAGGCUCACAACAUUGGGCUACACCUUCAUGGUGGCCAUAUGCUACUCUAAGCGUGCCUCCACCCAGCAAAAUGUGUAUACUAACACUGAGUCACUUUGCAGGGUCAACAUAACCCAUGCUUUAUCAGCAUCAUUCCUACCCUCUGCAAUAUAAGCAUAUGAUGGCCUUUUUUGCAUUGGCAUUAGCCCAGUAAUGUUUUUAAUGCUCACUAACUCACAAAAAUUCCUGCCAACCUAGCAGUUUGAAAGCACGUCAAAGUGCAAGUAGAUAUAUAGGUACCGCUCCGGCGGGAAGGUAAACGGCAUUUCCGUGCACUGCUCUGGUUCGCCAGAAGCGGCUUAGUCAUGCUGGCCACAUGACCCGGAAGCUGUACGCUGGUUCCCUCAGCCAAAAAAGCAAGAUGAGCACCGCAACUCCAGAGUCGGUCACGAUUGGACCUAAUGGUCAGGGGUCCCUUUACCUUUAACUCAGAAAAAUAAUUUUUGUAUGAAAUAAGAUAUGAGUCAGAAAGAUCUUUGCUGCUGCCUUUGUCUUUGAGCUACUACACCUCAACCACAGCAACACUACAAUUCUGGAUAGCAGAAUUGCUUUCUGUGGGGCAGCAAUUGCUUCUCCACCAUUAAAGACUAUCAGAAAAGUCUUAAGAACAAACCAAGAUGUUCCUGUUUUGAAGACUAUAUAAUUCAUGUUUCAUUCAAACCUUCUCUUUGUCUGAUUGGCUAGAUCUUCUUUCCUAAAAGUCAGUUAUUGCUGACACUUCAUUCAUUGACCAAAAGUACCGAAACGCGGGAGCAGGCUAGUCUGUCAUAAAAACCAAUGGGCGAGCAUAGUGCCUGCAGAUGGUGUCUCAUAUCUCGUGUCCCUCAAGUGCUAGAGACAUUCUUUUUUAAAAAGGAAAAGAAAGCUGAGUAACUGGAGAGUGUGGCUUAUUCAGGGGGGGGGGUGUGGGCAAUUGCCCUCCCUGCCUUCCCUGCAGACACCCAUGCAGGCAACCCAUUUCUCCCCAGCAAGUAAUCACUUCAAACCAUUGGUUCAUCUGCACAGCUUCUGAUAGCAGAGAGGCUGGGUCUAGACACAUCAAAGAAGCAUUUCAGCUAAACGCGUUGUAAAUUUAAACAGGGAAAUCUGGUAGAGAAAAACGGGACUCCACAAUGUUAUAUUGCAUAUACAACGCAUAUAAAUUGCUUCUUCUUUACCAGUGUAGCUGAGUCCUGGAUACUCUCAUACUCCUCUGCUGUUCUUAGAGGCUCCAGUAGCCAAAAGAUACACAGUGGUUCAGUUUCUCUUCCACUGUCUUCUGGUUAGUUGUGUGCGUUCUGUGACUUCUAAAUGCUACCAGAGUUAAGAGAUGAUGGACUAUAAUACGGGGCUCAGAGCGAAGUGUAUGUAGAUAUAUAUUUCCUUUGGCCACUUUACCAACAAAAAAUGAAACUCAGCAAGUGUUUCCACUGUGGGUCAACAUGAAUUUUCUGCAAUAUUUGAAGGACAUUUGUGAGUAUGAAAAGAUGCCACUGACAUAGUGCCAAAAAAGAGAAAAGAAAGAUACUUUAAACAACUGCAGUACAUUUCAUCAUAGUGGGGCAGGGUGACCAUGUGACCUGAAUGCCGGCUUACUCCGCUGUUCAGGUGCUAAGCGUUGAUGGGCAACUUCAAGGCCCCUCCUUUCUCUUCUCAGGGUUGUUUAUCUUUAAACCAGAUAGCCCUUCAAAUAGAGAGGUUCUUCAAAUGCAAGACCGCUCUCUCUAAAGUAGGACACAUGACCACUCUAGGAACAUGAGACCUCUGUGAUAUGGAAGAACUGCUAUGCUCUUGCUUGAAUGCUGUCAUGCAUCGGGUAUUCUACAAAUAGUUGUUCAAAAAAGAAGCAGGUUUUUGGGAUUAUUAGAAAACAUGGAAGAGAUGUCUUGGAAAGGAAAAGGAACCCAGUGUGAAUUGUUUUUUGUUGGAUUUGAUUCACAUAGACAGGAAAUAGUAAAAGCAAAGGUUUGGAGAGAAGUAGAAUAUCUACACCUAAUGUUGGGUUAGGAGUACAGAUUUUAGUGUAUAAAUCAGGAAAAGAGCCCAUUGGGUUCCAGUCUUCUAGUGAGAGGGUUGGUAUAUUCAGAAUUCAUAUUCUUAAACUGAUAUGUUUUUAACCACUCAUUGUUUUUAUGUCAUUUGCAGAAGCUGAGGAGCUGUAUCAGAAGAGAGUUCUAACCAUAACUGGGAUUUGUGUUGCAUUGCUUGUUGUGGGAAUAGUGUGUGUGGUAGCCUACUGUAAAACCAAGUGAGUGACAUUUAUUAGUAGUAAAGAGAGCUUUUAUAAUGCAUGGACAGUUUAUGCCGAUCUUAAAGUUCCAGUUGUUACCAGCCUAAAAUACUGUUGUGUGUAACCUGAGCUCUGAGUGGCGUCACUGCAGGGAUUCCAGCACUUACCCAAGGAUCAGUUUCACUGGACACAUCGGGUUUUAUUUACACCUAUAUGCAACCUUACUAAGCUUUAGGGAGGAAAAGGAAGGGAGUGGAUCUGCUGUUUUCAACAACUGAUGUAACAUGCAGUUCCAGAGUGCUUUCAGAUAGUGCUUUCAGCAUAGCUACAUGGGAGGAGGCUAGAGCAGUGUCCACUUGCCAGGACAGGAAUGGGGCCGAGUGAGGCGGAAGUGAGGUCAUGGGAGCUCUGGAUUCUUCUUGUUGGUCCCACAAGUGGGUGAAUGCUACCACCCACUGGGAGCUCUCCCCACCUCAUUGCCACCUUGCUCCACUUCCAUUCCUCGGGGAUCAGCACCAGGGCUGCUACUCUGAUACCCUCAGGUGCCAUGGUUGGGACCCAUGAAAAGUUACAUUGUUAACAAUUUUAGAAAUAUAGGCAAAAAGCUGUUGAAGUGUGAAUUAGAAAAUCUUUAAAGAAAACAAAACAAAAAAACUGAUAAAGUGGUGCAAACCAGGACAGUAAUAGUAAAACUUUACUGAAGUGUAGAUAUUAUUAUUAUUAUUAUUAUUAUUAUUAUCAUCAUCAUCAUCAUCAUCAUCAUUAUUUACUAAUUAUUACUAUUUUUUCAACUGUUUUAUCUUGCUCAAGGCAACCCAAAGUGAUUUACAACCAAACAAAAAACAUAGAGACAUUGAGACCAUAUGUAAGCCAAUAGGUUCCCUCUCUCAAUACAUCAAUGCACACGUUGAAAACCAUGCCUUAGUCUAACGAGAACAACAAGGCAGGAGAGUAGUGCUAAGAACAAUUCCCAGCUGAAGUAAUUGUACUACUGUUCUCUUCAUGCAUCUCCAGUGUCUUACCUAAUCUGAUAAAGUUCCCAUAUGCAAACUGCAAAGAUUGAGCACAAGCCAAAAUUCUCUAAUUCCCAGCCGCUUGUCCAAAGGGGGACCCUGUCUACCCUGGCACAAGAACGCAGUAAAAAGAGCUGACCAUUGUCAAACUUUGUAUUCCCCUAUUCUUUUUUUAAAAAAAUUUUUGAUUUUGUUUUCAAAGGUUUACAUACUUUGCCAUCAACAAUACGUUUAAUUAUUCCUUUGACUUCCCAUCCCUCCCUCCAUGAUGUUCUAUGUUUAUCUUUUAAUGCUGUAUAGUUUAACUUAUGACACUCCAUAUAUACAUCCUAUAUUAUUGGCAUUAAUGUCUUUCUACUGUUGCUCAUAUUUCAAAUCCAACUGGCAUUUUCAUGCAAUUACAAUAGUUCUUUAGAUAUUCUACAAAAGGUUUCCAAUCCUCAAAGAACAUUUCAUCAUUUUAUUCCUGUAUUCGUAACUGAAUAUCUUUUCAGGAUGAAGGCAAGCAUCAGUAAAAUGUAUUAAUCUGUUUAACUCUUUAGAAAACAGAGAAAUCAAAUGCAUAACCAUUUGCGGCAAAAUAUGUGUCCAGCCCAUCAGAACAGAAACCUUGCAAAUGGCCCUAGUCACCCCCGGCUGGACCCUGAGGAAAUUCAGAUGGCUGAUGUAAGUAGCUUUUAAAAAAAUAUUCAGGGUGUGGGAACCUCUGAAAUGGCAAUGGGGGGAGGGGAUAGAUCAAGGGCAGAGAGGGAAAUGGUCAUUUCCUCCUCCUCCUGCUCCCCCCUCCCCCGGUUCUAUUUCUAUUUCUCUUCUUCACUUUCUCCCUCUUUUCCCUCCCUUGGCUUUUCCAGAGGCACUUCAUGUAGUAGUUUAUUGGUGGGGCUCCCAGCUGCUUCACUAAGAGCUGCUGUAUGUGAGGAAGGGGGAAAAGGACACUGAGAGACAAAGGCACAGAGGCUGCUACUUCAUAGCAAACAGCAGUGAGCAAGCAGCAGCCCAGAUGGUCUACGAACACACCUGGUGUGUUGCCCAGGGAUGGGGGAGAAAUUUCAUUGCAUUUAGAGGUGGAGCCAUCCAAUUCACACUUUCUAGAACAAUCUGAGAACCAAAACACAGCACCUUCCUUCAAAAUUAACUGAAUUUUGUGAUAUAUUUCUCCAAUCAAACAGUGUUUUACAAAUAUGCAUAUAUUCACAGUAAGGUUUGCAUUAAAAAGGAGCCUGUUAGUGGAAAUAACAUAAAAAUGCAUCGUAUUAGGACAAAGCGCUUGCAAAAGUGUGUGCAUUAUGUAAAACCACAUUUUUAAAAGUCGGUUUGGAGAAACUCACACAAAAAUGCCGAAUAAUUUUCAUUGCUGUGGAAAUGUGGAGAACUGAAUUUAAGAUUGGAAAAAUGAGAUACGGAGAUCACUGGAAUUUGCAGAUCCUUCCAUCCUUUGUGCUGCCCACUUUGACAGCCACGGUGUGUCUUCAGGCUGCCCCCACCGCUGCCUUGCAAUGCCUUCCAGUAAGGAUAACGGGGGAGGGCCUUCGUCAUGCAGCAGCCCCCACCUUUGGCUCAAUUAAUUGGAGGAUUCCAGUUUGCUGUUAUAGUUGUUUCUUUUAAAAAUUACAAGUUAAUCUUAUUGCUUUUUGUCAUAUGCAGCCCUGUCCUGGGCUUAAAGGCUGGGUAGGAAUUAAACAUGAUAAUAAGUGUUAGCUUCAUUUGGGUAGUCUGAGAUGAGCGCCUGUGCAUUUCAGUUGGUGCUAUUUGGUGUGUGGAAAGGGGUUUCAUUCCUCACUGGCUUAGUAUUUAAGCAAGACUUAAACGUCUCUAAAGAGAUUGGUUUUUUGCUCGGGUGAUGCAACUAUUGCUCUUAUAUGCAAGUUGUCUCCUCCGGUGAUAUGUGUUGCUCUGCAUCUUUAGUGUUCUGUGCUUUGCUGCUGGGGAGAUGCCAGCCCAGAGAUUAGCAUUACAAGGUCAUAGGCUUUUAAAAGCAAUCAUAAGCAGCACUUCCAGGCAGGCUAAUUGUUUUGGAGGUUCUGAAAUUGAAGAACAAAAGUCAAGCAUAUUUAGGGCGAUCUGAAUUGGCUGGCCUAAUUCUUAUCCUCUGUAAAUGGAAGCAUAAUGUAGUAUGGUUUAUAACAAGCCUAUAAAUAAAACAAUGUUUUCAGCUUAAAAUUGAUGUCAGAUAAUUUGUGACUUUCCGCCCAGUAUAUGUCGAAAAACGUUCCUGCUACUGAGCAUGUCAUACGAAGGGAAACGGAGACCACUUUUUCAGGGAGCCAUUCCUGCUCACCAUCCCACCCGUGCUCCACAGGGACUCCGACUUCAAGGCAAAGGUACUUCACACCCCAGCUUCAAAACUCAGUUUUGUCUCAACUUACCUGCAUAGUGAUCUGUGCAUAUGCAGACAUCUGGGAGUGCAGAAAAGCCCUUCAGUUAAUGGCAUGAUGGAAAUGUUCCUUGCAGGCCUGUGGCCUCAUUUGCAACAGUUUAGUUUCAGUAACUGACUUUUGCUUGUGCCUGUGACAUUUUGCUUUCAGAUCUCACCUCCCUCAUGCUAGCAGGGUCCUCUUAUCUUUCUAGAGACAGGCAGUCAGGAAGGAAGGGGUGAGCAGCCUGGCUCUCUCUCUCAAAAUCAGUUGUGCCCCUUUGAGUGUUUCUGUCCAGCUCUGAGUGGGUUUGAGCAGUAAGAAGGAGUGGUGAAAGGGGUGAGGUGGGUCCCCCAACAAAAUGCUCCACAUGGAACUUUGUGCUCUUAACGCCUUGACCACAAACUUGACAUGAGCCAACAGUGUGACGCAGCAGCUAAAAAAGCCAAUGCAAUUCUGGGCUGCAUCAAUAGGAGUAUAGCAUCUAGAUCAAGGGAAGUAAUAGUGCCACUGUAUUCUGCUCUGGUCAGACCUCACCUGGAGUACUGUGUCCAGUUCUGGGCACCACAGUUCAAGAAGGACACUGACAAACUGGAACGUGUCCAGAGGAGGGCAACCAAAAUGGUCAAAGACCUGGAAACGAUGCCUUAUGAGGAACGGCUAAGGGAGCUGGGCAUGUUUAGCCUGGAGAAGAGGAGGUUAAGGGGUGAUAUGAUAGCCAUGUUGAAAUAUAUAAAAGGAUGUCACAUAGAGGAGGGAGAAAGGUUGUUUUCUGCUGCUCCAGAGAAGCAGACACGGAGCAAUGGAUCCAAACUACAAGAAAGAAGAUUCCACCUAAACAUUAGGAAGAAUUUCCUGACAGUAAGAGCUGUUCGACAGUGGAAUUUGCUGCCAAGGAGUGGGGUGGAGUCUCCUUCUUUGGAGGUCUUUAAGCAGAGGCUUGACAACCAUAUGUCAGGAGUGCUCUGAUGGUGUUUCCUGCUUGGCAGGGGGUUGGACUCGAUGGCCCUUGUGGUCUCUUCCAACUCUAUGAUUCUAUGAUUCCUGCAUGCCCAUGUAUAAGUAGAAACACAAGGUACAGCUGCAUUCAUUACCAGCCUCCUUUCUAGCCCAUCCUCUUUCUCCCAGAAGCUUAGAGCUGCAUACCUGGGCUUAGCCCAUUUUAUUCUCUCACAAGUCAAGCCUGCUAAGUAAUUUGUGUGGAUCCAUGCAGUAUGAGGCUGCUGGGAGGGUCACUUGCUCUGGUUUGAUCCACAGACAUGGAAGCCACGCUUGGAGCUUGGAGCAGACAGAAAGCCUGACUUCGGACUGUCAGUCUGGGAUUAUGCUGUCUUCAGUGGGGACCAGCAAAUGCAACAGCCCUGCCUGCGUGGAGGCUCGCGCUCGGAGGGAGGCUGCCUAUGCUAGCGAGGAGCAAAGGAGGCCCAUGAUGCAAUACAGAGACUCCGUGGAUUCCCUUCGAGACUCACCACAUAGUGAGAGGUCUCGUUUUCUGCUGUUAUUCUCGCUUGCUGUUCCCACUUGCUUGUCAAUAUGGAUGGUGUUUCACAGACCUGAAAAGCAGAGAAAAGUCCCCCCUCACACAAUGUCCAGUCUCUCUCAUGAAACAGUGAGAGAGAAGGAGGGGGAUGGUGAGAGCUUUGAGCAUCAAUUCCAGAGUCAAGAUGAAUAAGCUGAGUUAAAGGGUUUUUUUGUUUUUGUUUUGCAACACACACACACACACACACAUUAAAAGUCCAUGUGGCAUAAUGGCUAAGGGCUCGUACACACUUUUGCUCUGCAUUUCUAGGUCUGGGCUUUCCAGGUCUGUGUCUGACAGUUUUGUUUGUUUGCCCCAUUGCUUUCCCUGCAAAAACCUUGCUGCUUAAUGCUGAAUUGGAGUAAAUGGCAUUCUGCGGAAAAUUUGAAUUGCCAUUUGCUCUGAUUCAGCAAUAAAGAGCAGAUUUUCCUAGGGAAAGCAGUGGGAUGACGAGGACAACAACACUUGGACACAGACCGGGAAAGUGAAGACCUGUGCCUAGAAAGUGUGGCGCAAAAGGUAAAUGUGAAUGAGCCCUAAGCGUCUGGAUUAGGAGGCCCAUGGUUAAAAUUUGCCAUAAUUCCACUAGAUAGCUGUAAUCUGUUCCAGCCUCACCAUAUGCAACCUGGGGGAAACAGCACUGACUUGCUUUGCAGGUCUGCUGCUGUUGCAGAAUUAUGACAAUAUAAUCUAGGUGAAGUGGUUUGCAUGCUGUAAAGCACCACUGUGAUCAAAGCCUGCCCCAAAGCAGGAGCUUGCCAUGUGCUUAGUUCUUUGACUCUUAACACAUCUUCCUCACUGAUCUCUUUCCCAUUUCCUCCACCGCUGCCACGUGACUUCCAUCUUAGGCUCACACAGAACUGGAAACUGAACAAAUGACAGCAACAGCCAGGCACCAUUACUUUCUUCAGUUGGUGUCCUCGAAAAUGCUAGAGAACAUACUGCUGUAAUGAACUACGUUGUGGCUAAUCCACAUCUGACAGAAACAAUGUUGAGGAUUAAACUGCAAUGAUGUGCACACUUGAGUGAAACCUAGAGAACCUACCGUACUUUCAAUAAACACACAUAGCAAUCCACCCCAUGGGAUAAAGAGGCUACGAUAAUAGGAAGGACAUUUAAGUAGAGGAGAGAGGCAUGUUUGGGUUUUAAAUGCACUGGAUAGUGGUCAGCAGAAUAACAUAAUUCACCAGAGAAAGUAGAAAUGGUUGAUUUUCUUGGUCUGAGCAUAAGUGCAAGUUGUUUGGGAAGAGUGAUCGCAAGGGUCUGAUCUCUGACAAUAGGCAGCGCCAGAUGCUUCGAGCAAAUAAAUAACAUAAUUUUACUAUCAUUUUCCCCAGAGCUUGUUAUGUAGUGUUUUGUCCUCAUGAUUUUGAAAUAUUCCUUGUUAGGAGGAUCAUCUUGCAUUGUUUCAGAUACAUGUUUAGGAGUACUCUCAUAUUGACUCAAGAAAACCACCAUUUUAUAGUUCGAAUUGGGGAAAAUAAAUACAAUAAAUGGACAAAAGUACAAAGAUUCACAAAAUGUUUAGGGGUAUGCAUACCCCUGCGUCCCCCCAGGAAAAACCCCCACUGAAUUAUACGAUUGUUACUUGUUGCUUGUUCACCUUGACUUUGGGGUUUUACCUUGCAAACACAAGUGGGGUUAGGCUUUCAGCCUUCAUCUGCUUCCCACUGUAAAAUUUAAAAAUCACUGAACUGUUUUGCUCAUAAUUGUUCUUUUCACAUGUAAAGAAGUGAUCCCAUUUGUUUCCUGUGGGCUUUAUCUGUGCUCCUAAGUUAAGGUCUGAGCCUCUAACUGAAAAAAUGCACCCUUUAUUGUUCAUUUGACCGAACCCCAUGACAAUUCCCACCUUGCUCCUGUGGGUGUGGUAAUUCUUCCCAGGCCCCGGGACGAUGACUGUCUCCUUGCCACCUCUUUCUAUCUCAUUGUAAACAAAACACACAAACAGAAAAAAAUAUUUCUGUGCAAGUUGGGCUAUUAGAAAGCAUUAACUCAGCCUGGAUUUAAAGUUGUGUGCUAAGGGGGGGGGGGGAGAGCUCUUCAUUGUGACCCUUCGGCUUGAUCCCAAUGCCGUUGUUUCUUCUUCCAGGUACGUAUCUGCCUUGACCACCCCAGCACGCCUGUCGCCGGUUGACUUCCAUUGCUCCGUAUCAGCCCACAUGCCCACCUUUGAGAUCACUUCUCCUAAUUCAGCUCAUGCAGUCUCUCUGCCUCCUGCAGCACCCAUUAGCUUCCAGGUGGAGGAACAGCAGCCAUUGCUCCGAAGGUACCAAAUCCCUUCCCAAGAUAUGCAAAGGUAUGAGAGUUACUACCAAAGAAGGAGCUACCUGAACGAGAGCACGGGGAGCUUGCCCUCCAGCCCCCUCCGCAUCACGGAGGACGACGAAUAUGAGACGACGCACGAGUACAUCUCUGUGCUAGAUCAGCCAAAGAGAACGGGCAGCGGCAACAGGCGGUGGAGAAAAUCGAAACUGAACGGGCACCUGUCACACAGGGGCAAAAUGCUGAGAGACUCCUUUUCAGUGAGCAGCGCCUCCUACAGUGAAUCUGAUGAGGAGCUGGUGGCCGAGAGCACGCCUUUCUUAAGUAUGAGAAACACGGAGGCAAUGGACCCCGAUUCACCCCCCCUCUAUCGCCUGGCCGAUAGCAGGACUUACUAUUCCUUCGACAGAUGCAACACGCAGGGAGGGAACCAAGUGACACAUAACAGCAGAUCCCGCCAAGAUUCAGCACCACCUUAG